GCCGGAGCCCAGGGAAGGGAAGGGGAAAGCCAGCACCCGCCGAGAGAUGGAGGAGGAGAUGCAGCCAGCAGAGGAGGGGCCCUGCAUCCCCAAAAUCUACAAACAGAGGAGCCCCUACAGCGUCCUCAAAACCUUCCCCAGCAAGAGGUCCAUGGGGCUGGCCAGGAGGUACGACAGACCCACCAUGGUGGAGAUCCCACAUCUGGGGGCACCUGCAGGGCAGCAGCAGCACCAAGCACACUUUCAGCACCAUCCAGCCUCCAUCAGCAACAGUGAUCACCAUCAGCAGCAUUAUCAGCAGGCUCACAGCUCCUACCAGAAUGGGCCCACCAGGACAGCCACAGCCACCUCCUCCUCCCAGUGCCAGCAGAGGGGAGGUGCCCCAGCUGGGCACCAGGGCUCCAACAACAGGUUCUGCCAGCAGCCGGCCAGCCAGGGCUCCAUUGAACUCAGUGCAGGUAGGUACCUCCCACCCCUGCCAGCUCACACUGGCCAAUCCACACCCACUUACCUCCUGUCCUCCAGGAACUCACUCACCAUCUGCCCUCCAGGAACUCACUCACCUCCAGGAGUCCAUUGGUAUUGAAAGUGUCUGACACCCUCUGGGGUCAGGGUAUAUUAUUGGGGAACUCUUUGUAGGUCAUGGGAUACCCCUAUUCAGGGUCACUGCUGGUAGCAAGAGUCCCUUGGACGUGGAGAUCUCCCUUUAAACUUCUGCUACUCAGUAUCAAGGCAUCUCUUUUUUUUUUUUGCCCAACAUCACUUUCAGUUUACUAAAGUUUCCACUUUUACUUAUUUUGGAAUGCUGUGUUGGAGACGUGUAAUACCAAUGCAGUUGGUUUACAUUCAUUAACAGCCGUCCUUGUUUAUGGAACCCUCAUAACUAAUAUAAGUCUACAUACAAUAAGUGUCAUUGCAUCCUUAGUGUAAUCACUGUCAUUUGUGUUCGUGUGUUGCUGCCCUUUCAUUUUAGCUUCCUGGUCUUCCUCAGUCUGCUUAAUUUUUCCCAUCAAAUGUGCUUGCUCACCAGAUAAUGUGCAUUCAGUAUCCUGUCGAUAUAGAUGCACAUAUAAUAGCAAAAUAAUAAAGUAUUGUCAGCAAUUGCUAAUUUGUGAAUUAAGGUGCAUGAAACAUCUGAUAAUUUUAAGCAAGAUUCUUCUACUACUGGAGUCCUUAAAAAUGGCUUGGCCUACUAAAGAAUUUGAAUUAAAGUUUGUUAACCCUUGUUUUACUGACGGUUGUAUAUAACAUGCAAUGAGUCAAAAGGUGAAUUAACUAAUUUGCACAGGUAAGGACUUUUCUUCAGGAGUUUUAGGUUCUUACAAAAUAAUGUAUAACUGAAUACAGAUCCCAAUGUACUGUUGUUUUGGAAUGUGUUUAUGAAUAUACUAAAUGUAAUGUGUUAAACUACAAAUAUACAGUUAUACAUCAGUAACAGCCAUAACCAGACAUUGAUUCUUAUCAGUAUGAGAAUAGGAGUUUACAUGUACAUGAAAUGAACCCUGGUUUAGUCAGUUUGUUCUGGUAUAAACUACUACAUGGUCACAACGUCUGUUCCGCGGGAUUUAUACCCUACAAACCAAAUUGUUGUGAAAUUUAGGCUAAAAAAGUGAAAUAAUUGUAAAAAAAAAAAACCUCAUAGUCUGCUAUAGCCACACUUUUUGAUAUUUUAGGCUCAAUUUUAUAAUUUCAAUUUGCGAUUAACUAAAAUUCUUUGUUUAGUGACCAAACCCUUAUGUAUUAUCAGACUUUAAUUGUGCUAUCAGCCUUGUGUACAGCUGCAAGUUUGAACUUGAAAGAAUGUUGUUUUGACAAAGAAUUGCUUAAUUGUAUGUUAUCAUGAUAUUGCUCCUCUCCAUUUUUAAUUUUCUUUUUUUUUUUUUUUUUUAUGUUUGAUGAGUACUUAAUCGAAAUAUUGCCCAAGCUUAGGAACUUUUUAACCAUUGUCCAUCAUUUGUGCCCAGUUAUUCCAAAAGUGAAAUAAGCCAGAUUUCUAAGAUGCAGAUCAAUAGAUUUCAGUACUAUACACCCAAGCACAUUCACCCAAGUAGAAUUCACCAAAAACUAUUUUUUCCCAGUUUGGGUUUCAUGGCUUAACAUUGUUCAAUUCUUGUAUUAAUGGUCUAUAUCUCACAGGUUUCAUGAAUAAGCUCCCCUAUUGAUAUUAUGCCCAUAUAGGUUAUAGUAAAGAAUAAGUGAUGGGAUUCUCCUUUGAAUGGGAGUCAUAACACCAAAAUAAAACAUGGAUAAAUCACUUUUAACUUGCUGCAUUUUAUUUAAAAUUUAUUUAAAGGAACACUAUAGCGUUAGGAAUGCAAACAUGUUCUCCUCACUACUUAGUAUUUCUGUCUAAGUGUAUUAGUUACCUUAUAUCCUGCUUAUAUAUCUCCACUGCCGCCCUGCCUGUCUUGAUGACCUCAGCCAAUCCAGUGCUUCUCCUUAGAGAUACAUUAAAAGGUUAUUCCACAUGCGUGGCAAAUGCUACUCUGCAUCAAUUAUAUUUUCCAAUGAGCAUUGGAUUGAAUAUCCAAAUCUCACUUUAGUGUCAGGAAGACAACCACCAACUAUGGAAUAAAAACAUUGCCAAUUCCACAUAAAUGACAGGACCAUUGCACCCAGACAACUUCAUUUAAAUGAAGUGGUCUUUGUGUCUGUGAAUGACAAUACAAUCCAGUUCAGUGAAGGCACACCCAGGGCACACAUUGCAAAUGUGGAUGAGAAAUAAAAUUAUUGUUUAAUUUUCCCUCUAUAUGCUUUCUCUUUUCUGAAAAGCAGUUUCAACGGCCAGAUCUUAUUACAAUGAUUGACAGGGAGCUAUGAUAGAGUGCCUAGUUGAUUGAUAAAGAGGUGCUGAGUCCUAGGUGAUUAGUAAAAAUUAAAUAUCCUGGAAGGGACAGUUUCGCUUUAAUACCAGUCCUCUGCUUGUUUCACAAACGUUUAUGUAUGGCGCAAGCUGUGGCCUUAAACAUAUUUUAACUUAACCUUUCUUUAUUAUAGUGCACUAUAAUAGGUCUCCCAUCUUUAUUAGGCUAAGAAACCACCAAAAAUUAGGUUCAAACUCACCUGGAAUCUAGCGCCACGUGAGCAUGUUCCACGGCCCGUCACUGUGCAUCCUUGGUCCAAUCGAAUAUUUUCAUAGAGUAGCAAUUGAUAGGACAUUUUAAUGGCUCAGAACUCAUGUCUGUGUUCUGAGCUGUUAAGGGAAAGAGUUGGGGUAGACAGAGGGACAGUUGGAGCUUUAAAAAACAAACAAAAAACAUUAAGGGCAUAGGGAGGCAGGGUUGCUGGGGGAAGAGGGAUGUCAAUUAAAGCAGCGAGAGAGGGGAUAUACAUGCCUUCCCUUAUAGACACUGCCUGCAAAGGAUAAACUAAUUAUGCCCAUUGCUAGUGUGCAUAUUUCUUGCACAGAAUUGACAUUUGGCAGUCUGGAGCGGAGUUCCAUCUACCAAAGUGAUGUGUGCUGCUGGUGCGACUAUUCCCCGGCACAAAAGUGCAAAUAUAGAAACGCUGCAAAUACAGACUCCUACCAUCAUGACCAGUUCUAAAACCAGAAGUGGACAUGGUUGUUUUCUAGUAACACCUUUUAUGGGCUGUUUUUAAGAUAUACCACAGAAAGGACAAUUAGGAGAUUGAGUACACAAAUUUUUUUAGUAUAUAUAAUACAAUUAGGUUUUAUGAGGUUUUUAGAAUAUGUAAAGUAUAUAAAUUAUUCACAAAACGUUAAAUUGCAGCAAAGUGAAAUCUGAAAGGCAAAAAUACAGCAUAAAUAGCUUUUUGGGGAAAAAUUCACCAAUGUAGCUACUGUUACAUCUUGGGUUUUUAAGCCUGAAUUUUGUCAAUAAACCACGAUAACAAAUACUAAACCUAUCUAACCUAUCUAUUUUGCUUAAGGUGUCAGUAAAUCAUAAGUAAAUGCAUAUAUUACUCACAGUCAUGCCCGUAGACUUAAUGUGUUUCUAUGUACUGAAACACAUCAAGGCUUUAUUUAUCAUUAAAUGAUUGAUUGCUAGGACUGAGCUAGAAUGUUGCCCCAUUAUAUACCUGGCAGAGAAGUGUGAGAGAUGCACUGCCAUCCAUGACAUUUACAGGCUUAUACAAUGAAAUGAUAAUUUCCAAAAAUUCAAGGGAAAUUUCAAAAUUUUAGGACAAAAAUGCCAAAACAAAUGUCUUGUCAGUUCUGUUUUCACUUACGCUAUUUUGGUUGUACAUUUAAAAUCUUCUCUGAAUUAAUUUUGAAUUAAAAUUUCUGUCAAUUCCCGCUUUAGUGAAUGGGGUGCAUGCCUAAAACAUCCUCUCCAAAACAGGAGCAUACCUAUUUCCUUGUCCUCGCUUUUGGAGAGUACAUCAUCUUCUCUUUUCCACAGGGUACCAGAAUAUUAUCAGGGUUGUUCAUUAAACAAGUAUUUGUUGGGAUUUGGCUAGGGAAUUAUACCUCUAAAGCUAAAAAUUUCCAACCUCAACUAUUUUUUCUGCUUGUCUAUUUUGGCCAAUAUUACAAAUUCCAUGGGCAAUCCCCAGUUUUUUUAAUUACCAUGUCCUGCUCUCAAACCAGAAUCCCAGAUCCCUAUUCCUCCCAUUGGUAGAGUACACAACCAUUCAGUUAUCUGUAGUCCAGGAGAGGGCUGGCAAGGUGGGUAUGGGGGCAUUUCUGGUUGCGUCCUCACAGCAUCUUACUAAUCCUAUUACGUAACUAUAUGUUUAUUAUUAUUAUUAUUAUUAUUAUUAUUAUUAUUAUUAUUAUUAUUAUAGAAGUCCACUUAUUGCAGUAUUAGUAUAACAUUCAGUAUAAAAUUAGGAAAAGGAAUGGUAUAUGAUGUGCCAAUGUGAUGCUUUGACCUCAACUUGACAUUGUUUUUUCUAGCCCUCCCCCCGACCCCCUGCAUGUAACCCUCCCCUGCUGUAGUCCAGCCUGGCACUGAAUCAUGCAAUACCCUUGCAAGUGCCCAUGAGCAAACCGGUCACAAGCAAUGUUUCCAAUGAAUUUAAAAAAACAAUACGUGGUCAAUCCAGUGUAUCCCACCAGCAACAUCAUUACAACCUCUUGUGCAAGUGGCUGCCAGUUCCUUUAAUGCCUCUGACUUUUUUUUUUUUUUUUUUUUAUCCUGAAAGCUUAACUCCAGACUGUGUUCCAAUAUAAAAACAAUCAACAGAUUAGUCCCAAUGAUUGGUCUGUGACAUGCUGGUUUUCUAGACAUUAGUCCGUUCCUUUGGACACAUAUUUUCCCCAUAUUGUACAUGAUUACUGAACCCUGACCCUGUGUGCCAGAUGGAUAGUUAAGAAGUAAACAUUUCUCUAAAUGCGUUUGCUUGUAUUGGCGUGUAAAAAUACAAGUGUUUACAACUAAAUGCAUUGUGUAUAAUAAAAUCUUAUUUAAAAGUAGCAAAUUCUCUAGACAAAAAAAGGCUAUUUUAAAAUGUGUUUGGUAAAAUCUGUUACUAUGUAUGUAUUAUCUAGUUGUUCCUUAACCACUUCUUCGAUCUCUCCUUAGCCUGAAUGUUUGGAUUUGUUUUAAAUUGUGGGCAUCUUGGAGUUAACACAGAAAGAUUCUGAUGUGUAACCUAAUUGUGGCAUCAGGAAAUAGGAAACUGCAUCUUUAAGCAGCACACAAUCAAAAAUGAAUUACAAUAAAUCCUAUAUAAUUGCAUAGGUCAUUCUCUUUAAUGAGAUUUUAUUAACCUGACUGUCAAGCUUUUGAGUCAGGCAGAUAUUUUAUCUUCUUCAACUGAUAAAAGUGUCAGCUAUAAACCACCAUAUAAAUAUUCAUAGAUCUACACAUCUGUGGCAGCCUAUCAGCUUCAUUCUUUUGGACAUUAAAUGCAUUCUAAUUACUUUCUGUCUAGUAGAGCUGAGAUCCUGCUUUCUAUAGUGCGUUCUUGGCAGGGAUGAUUGCUUUUGUUUGCCAUCACAAAUAGCAACAACCUAUUUCUUACACUGAUAGUUCUGAAAAAUAUAUUCACAAAUUUGACUGAUCUAGACAUGUUUUGGAAAGCUUACCCGCUUUAAAUGGCGUCAGAAUAUUGGCGCAUCUAUUAAUAUAUUGCUAGAUUUCAACAGAGGAUUCUAAUUUUCUUUUAUGCCCUUUCAUCUCACGAAUCACAAAAAAUUGUUAUAAUAAAAAUAAAGUAGGGAGUGUGGCUCUGUAAUUUAACCCUUACGUCAUAAAAUUAAUAUGGGAGAAAUGUUCUGUUUGCAGUGUUUUGAUUUGCAUCACAGCUUCAUGCAUACCAAUUGUGCGUCUUGGAAAGGGUUAAUAAUGAGCUAAACGGAUGAACAAUAAUUUAACUGACUGCAAAUAUUUAAGGAACCAUGCUAAAAUAUCCCUUUCUGAUACGAGGUGUCAGGUUUAUAAUAAUCUUAACCUUAUACAAAAGAUGUGGCUGAUAAACGUCUUUAUUUCCUAGAAAAUUAUUUUCGAUCUCAUCACAGAACAGCAGAACUGACAUGUAACUAAUCAUAUCUCUGAUAAUGCUCUUUAAAAAUAGAAUUCGCUGGAUUUUAUUUUUUUCCGUGCAUUGAUUUGUUAAUACUUCUUAAUUCUCGAUUGAUUUUUCUUGAGUGACAUGCAAAUUGUCCUGGGGAAAGAUGCGUUAUUUAUUUUUCUUUCUCACAAAACCACAUCAAUAAAAUAUUCAUUGGAAUCAUACAUCACAGUUUAGAAAAUGGGAAUGUGUAUAUAUUGAAUAUGUACUGAGCAUGAAAUAUUUGUGUUGCUGUCUUUUGUGGGUGUGGUUUAUUUUAUUUACAACGUAAUAAAUUUAGUUAGAUUUGGAGAUCACUGGAAAAUAUAUUUUCAUACAGAUCAUUAGUUGGCAUCAUGAUAGAAAAUAUUUAAAUUAAUUUCUAUCCAUAAAAAUGAAUGAUAUUGUUAAAGAGAAAAACUUAAUAUUUUAUCAAAAUAAUUAUUUUAUCAAUUCAGCUUAAAGGGACACUAUAAGCACCCAGACCACUUCAUCUCAUUGAAGUGGUCUGGGUGCAGUGUCCCUGUCACACUUAGUCCUGCAAUGUAAAACAUUGCAGUUUUAAAGAAACUGUGAAUUUUACUUUGCAGUACAAAGACAUCAUCUAUCAGACAUCCACUCGAGGAGCUUCCGGGAUUUUAGCAGACUUUUGGUCCCCCAACUAAUGCAGAAUGUCCUCACACUGUCAGUGAAAUUCCCAUAAGAAAGUGUUGCGUCAAUGCUUUCCUAUGGGGAGGUCUAAUGCGCAUUAUUCAAAGUUCAAGUGCUUACUUAUGUUAAAGGAAAUUUAUAGGCACCCAGACCACUUCAGCUCAUUGAAGUGGUCUGGGUGGAAUGUCCCUUAACCUUACAGUGGUAAUUAUUGCAGUUUCUGAGAAACUGCAAUAAUUACCUCUGAGGGUUAACUCCACCUUUAGUGGCUAUCUACCAGACGGCCACUAGAGGGACUUUCGGGUGCUUAGACGACUUUUGGUCGUCUAGAUGAUGCUGGAUGUCUUCAUGCUAUGCAUGAGAACUUCCAGGGUCACCGGAAUCCCCAUAGGUAAGCAUUGAUUAAUGCUUUCCUAUGGGGAAAUCCUAAUGCGAGCCAUUGCCGCGCAUGCACAUUAGGUCUCUCCCACCGGCUGGUGUCGGCGGGGAGGAGUGUGGGUGAAGCCUGACCCAGCGCCAAAGGACAUCGGCGCUGGAUUCAGGAAAGUGACUGAGGGAGUUUUAACCCCUUCAGCGCCGCAGGAGGAGGGAGAAAGGGGCAGGGGCGGGGGGCACUGUAGGAACCUAUAGUGCCAGGAAAACGGCUUUGUUUUCCUGACACUAUAGAAUACCUUUAAUUGUUUGCAAAAAAUUACAUCCAUCAUCAGCAAGCUGGCAAUGGAAGUAAUUAGAUUCUUCGCUUUCAGGUAUGUCUGCCUCCCAGCCACUUGUCUACUCCCCUCCACCCUCUAUACAGCCCUCCCUCUUUAGCGACUGGGAGGAGGGCAGGCUGUAGGGCUGAUGAGCCUUAAGUGAUCCAACAAUGCUUCUCUAUGAAAAGCAUUUGAUUGCACCACAGAUGCAAAGAGAACUACGUGGGAUGACAUUAGAGAAGGCAAGGAUAUGAUCGUAAAGAACUUUGCCCAGUGCUUGGUUCCAGGUAAAUGUUAAUGCUUUUAUUGCAGUUUAAAACCAAAACAGAGGGGACAAUGUCUGGGUACAACGUGCCCAACAGGGCAUAUAUAGAUAAACCCUUUUAAGUGUGUGGCUCCAUCUGUAAUUGUAUAGUGACUACACCGUGAUAGCAGUAUAUACUGCACAAUAAGGUUACACAGCUAUAGUGUUAAUGUAGUAUGAUUCUUGGUGGCACUAAGUGAUCUUUUUAUCUGCGUGCUAGUAAAAUGGAGUCUUUGGAGUUGUUUUACUUACCCGUGAAAUUAAGUGAAUUGAAAACAAUAAAUUCUGAAAUAGGCCAGAAUAGCUCAUUUGGACAAAAGUCUUCUAUAUUCGUAGAUCGACUAUUUUAGCCUGAAUUUUUAAAAUGUAGUGUUUCAACUUUUUAAUUCAGUGUUUUAGUGAAUAACCCUAUAUGUAACAAGCGAAGGACAGGCUGCUAUAAGCAGGCCAUGAGCUAGUCAGGCUUGUAACCAUCAUCAUGUACAGUAAGUGACUUGUUUUAUUAAAAUUCCAAGCACUGAAAUGACUCUUAAUGUGAUGUGCUGUUCUUGCAGCAGCUCCAUAGAAUAUAUUGAAAUAAAGUAUGUUAUUGAUUUAUGGAUGAGUUCAGUAUGCAAUGUAAAAUGUGUUCAAUAACCUCUUAGCUGUCAAAUUGGAGACAUUAUGCUUACAGUCCAUCUUAUCUCUCCAUUGCAUUCCUUUUUUUAAUUUCUUCUGUGUUGAUCAUUCUAAUCAUAUUGUUAUUGUAAGAAUAAUUCUGGAACUGCUAUAUACAUUACCCAGAGUACACACUUGUUUUUUUAGAGCUGUGUAUAUAUUACCAACCAAAGGCCUAUACAGAGUAACAUUAUAACAGUAUCAAUGCACAAGCCAUUUUGACAACUAGAUUGCUUAUGCCAUAAAAUAUUUGUCACUCAGCCACAGAACACAAUAUUUUUAAUUUGUUAUUCAUUGCAUUCAGUGUAUACUGAAUUUGUCUCCGUGAUGUCAUAAAAUGUCUUUUGCUGUGAUUUGCUAUGAGCAAUUCAACUGUUGCAGUAAAUAGACUGAAUAAACACUUAGUCAAAAAUAUACAUUUUGUAUUGUAUUGUUUUUGUUUGUUGUGUUCUGUUUGUUUUUUAUACUGAGGUUAAGACAUCGCAAGAAUGAAGUUGCUUUAAGCUUUGAAGUAGAAAGACGUUCUGCUUGAGUUUGCAGUCAAAGUGAUGAAAGCUUUCAAAAUGCAUAUAUUCGUGCUUUCUUAAUAUAUGGCCAAAUUACAUUUUGGGCAGAUUCCAAGAAUCUCAAAGUCACCAGUUGAAAUCUUUGUAUUCUGUGAUUUUUGUGUGAUACCCAUACGAUAUACAAAUAUUUUUUCAUUUUUUUUUAUUUUUAUAUUUAAUAUUUUUUAUUUGUUCCUAGCGAUUUUAACAUACAUGCUCGGGGUGCCCCAAUAGCAAUCCUCGAGUUUCUAUUCAUGCUUAGCAAUAGGAGCAUUAUGAAAAUCGGCACAAUUUAUGUGUAAUAGCAAUUAACAGGUAACUAACAGCUUAAUAGAAGGGUAAUUGUCUCAGACAAGUGAGCGGAAUAUAUAGCUUGUCACCAUUGCCCUGAGCAGUGGGUUGGUGUCAGUUUAUAGAGAAAAGAAGAAGCUAGUGAGAAGCCAUAGACAGAGAAAAACAUAUUGGAGACAUGGAAAGUAUAGGUAAACAUUUCCCUUGCGAAUGACUGAUGCAGAGGUUUUGUUUAACUCAGCUGCUUCGCUCUUGUGGCAGCAGGCUUAUGUGACAGUCCCCCCCUCUGGGUCAACCAACUCCCAUCCUUAGUAGAGUGGCUGUAUCAUCCAUCGGGUGUUCUUCGCCUGCUUGGGGACCUCUCCAGCCCCAGGAUUGUUCAUCUGUGUACCACAGACCUGGUUCCUGUAACAGUCCAAGUCUAUUCCCUGCAGGGAGUGAUCGGAGGGUCGAGGUGGUAUUCGCCGUGUGACGCGGGUGAUCUUCCGAACUUGUGGGUGAUGUGGGUUGUGUAUGCCCCUUGUGGCUCUCGGCCUGGGAUGGCGAGCUGUAGGUCUUGUGGGUUUCCUCGCCCGAGUGCCACCUUGAGUAGGUCCCCUCCUAGGCAGUCGCACGGGACUCCUGGCUCCUUUGCGCUUGCUUGGCUCAGUAGCUUGGGUGCGGUACUUUAAUCGGAGCCAGAAAUGAUGGAAGAUGGCAUCCAGCCUCCUCAGGGAGUCUGCCAUGUGGUUGUUGGUGGUCGCCUGCUUUGGACUCACCGCAUGUGAUUGCGAGGGAGCGGCGUCCGCCAUUUUGCAGCGGCUGUGUUUGUGCUCAUCGGUCUUGUCUGAGUGGUAAGUGUUAGUUUAGUCAGUCUGGUAGGCUUUAAGUGGACUGGGAUGACCCCCACCAGUCCGGGGGAGAGAGGUAGGAGUGCUGCGGUACCAGACCCUGGGUCGUGGCGCGGGUGGAUCGGCCACUUCCCCCACUGCCUCAUCCCAGGUAGGCCGCAAGAGAGCUCCCGGGCUCUGCAGGUGAGUGAGUGCAGGCUUGUGUUGAGUGAGUGCUGGCUUGUGUUAGAGUUUUGCAAGCCCGGGUCCCCUCACCUUACUGUUACUGUUCGUGGAAGCCCCAAAUUCAGGUAAAAUACCCCAAAAUCAAGCUUUGAUUCAGGAGCUCUGGCUUUCCAUGUCUUGUUGGCUCAGAGGUCAGGUUCCACCCCCCAUAUACAGAUAUUUGUAUCCUGUUAAGUUAUGGAUCCACUUAGGUUAUUGGCAUUAGCAAACAUUUUGCACAACCACGUUAAUGGAUAAAAUGCAUGUGAUCAGUGGAACAUAAUGGCCUGCUAGCAUAUCAGGUUUGAGAUACCCAAGACAGAUUGUUCCUCCAAAAAUUGAGAUAUUUAGUAUAGCAGUCUUCAUUCUUUAAGCAUGAUAACAUUAUUUAGUACUUCUGUGUCAUAACAGAAAAAAACUAAAUUUUCUUAUCUGCUCUAUAUCCAAUAAAUAAUAUCAUUAAAGGACCACUAUAGUGCCAGGAAAACAUAGUCGGUUUCCUGGCACUAUAGUGCCCUGAGGGUGCCCCCACCCUCAGGGUCCCACUCCCAUGGCGCUGAGCGGGGAGGAAGUGGUUAAACUUACCUCUUUCUCCAGCGCCGUGCGGGGAGCUCUCCUCCUCCUCUCCUCCUCCUCUUCGGCUGAAUGUGCAUGCUUUCCUAUGGACGCUGGCGUCUUCUCACUGUGAAAAACACAGUGAGAAACGCGGAAGCCCUCUAGCGGCUGUCAAUGAGACAGCCACUAGAGGCUGGAUUAACCCAUUUAUAAACAUAGCAGUUUCUCUGAAUCUGCUAUGUUUAUAAAAAAAAAAGGGUUAAACCUAGCUGGACCAGGCACCCAGACCACUUCAUUAAGCUGAAGUAGUCUGGUUGCCUAUAGUGGUCCUUUAAAGUGACAUUGCUAUCUAUGCUACCUCUUCUAAUUUAUACUUUCCUGCCGUCACCUCUAAAGGGGUAUCUAGAAUCCAAACUUACAAAGGGGCAUCAGAUGUCCCUUUGGAGGUGACCACAGGAAAGUACAAAUUAGAAGAAGUUUUGGAUAGCAAUGUCACUUAUGAUAUUCAUUGUGAGUGUAUAUACAUGAAAGCACUAUCACAUUAAUUGUUUAGUUUUGACACUGUAUUUUUUUUUAAAUUGUGUUUAUCGCAUUUAUUUUGCAUUAUAAAUAUUGCUCUUACAACAGAUUAAUUAAAUAUGUGUUGGUUCAUUUAGCACUAGCACGAUUUAAUUUGUUUCCCAUGUUAAAAAUUACUGUAGGACCCACCAAUAAUGGUGUACUAUGGUGAAGUGGUGGGCUUAACAAGAAAUGGAACUAAAUCCACAUUUAUUUGCGAAGAUAAGUGAUUUUAAGUAGCCUUGUAAAAAAUUUAAAAAAUUAUUUUUAUGUGCGCACUGUUUCGUAUUCUAUAUUUUGUAGAAAGAGGACUGACAAGCCCUGCUGACAGCAGAUCUGCAGGAUUUGCUAGCUGUUUUAGAUGUAGGCAAUAAUUGCAUGCAUGUUUUCAGGGGGGUAUAUCUACUACAUUGUUAACAAAUUAAAACAUUUUUCCAUUGGAGUGUUCCUUUAAAUGGUUGAUUCUGAGAAAUUUACUUAAACUUGUAGAAAUUGAAAAUAGUGUGUUAGAAUAAUUUUAUCGUUUGCUUUUUUUUGUAAAAGGUAAUGUUUACCUUGGCAUCUUUGUUUGUCAUCAAUACAUGUGAAAUAAGGGAAACAAAUCUGUAGAAAUUUAUUUUUGUAACCUCCUGUUAAUGUUAAUUCAAAUCAGUGAAUAUAACCAAUUAUCUUUACUCUGGAAUUAAAGCAUGUGUUUCUGAUCAAUCUGAAUAAUUGUUAAUUCUGACAUUUAAUGAACAAAUGAAAGAACCACCAUUUUCUUCUUGCAAUGUUCCUAAUUAAUAUAUAUAUAUUUUUUUGUAGAGAGUCGAAUGAUUCUGGAUGCCUUCGCCCAGCAGUGCAGUAGAGUCCUCAGCCUUUUAAACUGCGGAGGAAAACUUUUGGACUCAAAACAUUCCCAAUCUUUAGUCUCAUGUGUAAAACAGGAAAAUAACACUUAUGAGAGACCAGAUCAGUGCCAGCUCAGUAAAGCAUUUUAUAACCAACCUUCGGAGAAACCGGACAUUGAAAUGCAGUAUGUGCAGAAAAAGCAGCAAACCUCAGCUUUUUUGAGAGUCUUCACUGAUUCACUUCAAAACUACUUGUUGGCUGGCAACUUCCCGACUCGGAAUACCUCAUCCAACAAUGAUUAUGGACACAUGUCUGAUAUGGACGUUCUAUCUUCUUCUCCAGUGCAUACAUUGGGUGGCUGGACAUCUCCAGCGACCUCUGAAUCUCAUGGUCAUCCAUCCUCCUCCACACUCCCUGAAGAGGAAGAAGAUGAAGAAGGUUACUGCCCUAGGUGUCAAGAACUGGAGCAGGAGGUGAUUUCUCUGCAACAGGAGAACGAAGAAUUACGACAGAAGCUAGAAAGUAUUCCAGGUAAUGAAAUCUCGCAAGGACUCCCAGGUCGUAGAUUUGCUAGCCCAGCACUUGACUUAGGGACCUUCUAAGAAUUAUCUGUAUUAGAGGAUUACAUUUCUAAUUGCUUUACCCUUGUAAAUGCACAUUUUCAUUGAUAUGCCAAAACGAAAACAAAAUCUGGCAACCUUACACAUUUCUCUCUUAACCCUUUACAGAGUGCCCAGGGAACAUUCUAGAAUUGGGAAUACAAAUAUAUAUGCCUAACUCUAUUGAGUCUAUUAUCUAUUAUCUAUUAUCCUAGAGAUAUCACUUUCCCGUUUCUUGUUCGUGUGCACAGCAUGUUCCAUGCGCAUGUCCAAUAAAAUGCUUGUCAUAGGAAAGUAUUGGAUCCAGUGCUUACCUGUCAGUUGCAUUAGAGGACGUCCACUAUCCUCCUGGGCGUCAAAGGUCAUUGUGCUGCCUGGGUCCAAGGAUGAAAAGGUGCUCCCCAUCCCAAAAAACAAACAUAUGUUUUUGCAAUGUUAGUGUCUCUAUGUGUGUGUGCUUGGGAUGAUAUGUGUCUGUGUGUUUUCUGGAGGUGAAGUGUGUGUCUUUGUGUGUACUGGGGGAUGAAGUGUGUGUCUGUGUGUUUGCUGGGGAUGAAGUGUGUGUUUCUGUGUGUGCUGGGGUGAAGUGUGUGUCUGUGUGUAUGCUGAGGAUGUAGUAUAUCUGUGUGUGUGUGCUAGGGAUGUAACGUGUGUCUGUGUGUGCACUGCAGCCAAUGCACUUACCUAUAUUCUGUGUCUGUGUAUAUGCAUGUGUGUCAGUGUUUGUAUCUGUGUGUCUGUAUCUGUGUCAGUGAUUGUAUCUAUUUGUCUAUGUAUAUGCAUGUGUGGCAGUGUUUGUAUCUGUGUGUCUGUAUAUUUGCAUGUGUAUCAGUGUGUCUGAGCAACUGUAUGUGUGUCUCUGCAUCUGCAUCUGUGUCAGUAUAUGUAUCAAACACUGACACACAUGCAGAUUUUGACAUACAUACAGAUAUACACACACUGAUAAACCUGCAGAUACACAGAUGUACAAACAUACACACACUGACACAUACAGAUACACACACUGACACACAUGCAGACACACAGAUACACACACUACACACGGACAGAUACACACACUACACAUGCACAGAUACACAUACGCAUACACACACAGAUACACAUUACACACUUACAAGCACACAGAUAAACACACUACACACAUACAAACACAUAGCUACACACAUAUACACACGUUAUAUAAUUAAGCCACCCAGCAGUUUAUUACUUUCUGCUGUCUGUGGCUGGUGGCCGUUGGGGACCUGCUCUCCUGGUUUAGCCCCAUCUUUGCGGCUCCCUCCUCCUGCGCAGCUUGGUCUCGGUGAGUGUGAGCUUCCUUCCAGCACUCCAUGCGGAUAGAAGCGGCCAGGUCGCAAUCUUAAUCUUUACACAGAUUCCUAAACCGUGCGGUGCAGCUGCACUGCUGCCACAUGUUAGGAACACCUGUUUUAGAUGAUGCUGUCCCUGUAAGUGUGCCUCCUGGAGCCAUGGCCCCACUGGGUCUAUGGACGGGCCGGCCCUGGGCUAGUCUGAUAAUUGGUCAGUAUUUCCUGUAAAUUGCAUUGUUUAUUCUGUAAUUUUAAGAUAUCAUGAGAUGGCAAACAUAAAAUUGACCAAUAAUAUUGCUAAAUCAACUUGUUAAGAGCUAAGAGUUAAUUGCUUAGUCAACUUGUUAAGAGCUAAAAUCAGUAACCCAUUCAUACACUAUGUACAGUCCCUUAGACUGUAUUGUAUAUUGGUGUUCUCUUAACAUGAAAUUAAUUUAGAAGUAAAUGAGACGUAAAGAGCAAAUCCUUUUUUUGGAAGGGGCAGUUUAUAUGAGUAUGAGAACCAUCAUUUGUAUUUUUAAUAGAACAUGAGAUAUAUUCUGAAGCUUUAGUCCUAUAAUCCCAAAAUAGUGGAUUUGUUGUCAUAUUUUUGGUUAAUGAUAGGCUAGCUCUGUUUGUGAUCAAUGCAAAGUUGCUCAUGUGUUGGCAAGUGACUGUAAAAUACUGGAGGUUGAAACACCGAAUUUAAGUGAAAAUCUAACAGGUUUUUAGCCUUUUUUGUUUUAUAGACUCUUAUAAAUUUUAGAUGUAUACAUAAAUGCCACAGAGAGGGUAGAGUAUAGAACAUUGUAACAGUAAAAUUGGCGUUUCUUGUUAAAUUUCUGCAGGUAGAAUUAAAUCCAUAUGUGGAGAUCACGCUUUCAAUCCAGUGAAACCCGCUAAUGGAUGUUAACUCAGGUUAAAGGUAACUGGCAGUAAUUAAUUUUCUCUUAUAUUGCCCCAUUGUAGUGUGAAAUUUAUCAUUUUUCUGCCCGCUGUGCUCCCAUUACAGUGUAGUUCUAAUGACACACACAACUUUGUUUUAAACUAAAAUUAUUAUUUGCGCCAACAUAUUGCACAGAGCUGAAUUGGAAACAAGAUGAACAAUUAAUUCUAAAAAAACAUGUGUGACAUACUGGAACAGUAGGUGAUGAGGGCCUUGCCCAAACCAGCUUACAAUCUAAAGCGGUGAGUGGCAAAUAAUCAAAUCAUUUGAAUGUACCUCAGAAUGGGAGUUUGGGAGGAGGGAGCACAGUAGUGGGGAGAUGGCAUAGGAAGAUUGUAGGAGCUGUGGAGUUAAGAGGAGAACUGAUAUUCUUCUCUAAAGAAGUGUGUUUUAGGGAUAUUUCUGGAGGGCUGCAGAGAUGGGGAGAGUAAAUUGUCCCGCAGGAGGGCAUUACAUAAAGAAGGGUACCCUGGAGAAGUCCUGCAGUUGAGUAGCCGAGGACAGUAACAAGUUGCCAGCUCAGUGAAGAGGCCGAGCUGCAGCAUUUCUAUUUGUGAGGGUGGAGAUGUAAGGAGGUGCAUGAGUAUAGAGAGCUUUGUAAGUAAGCACUUUGAACAGAAUCCUAAGAGAAAGCGAAAGCCAGUGUCAAGUCAGAAGGGCGAGGUGUGAAAAUUCCUAGACAUAAGGUAGAGGCGUUUAUUAUGGACGGUAGAUUGCAACAAGCAGAGAGUUUUAAUAAUCAAGGUGGGAAGCAAGAGCAUGGACAAGCAUGUCAGCUAUAUCUUGAAUGAGAAAGGGGCAAAUGCAAUACAUUUUUUUAAGGGGAAAGCAGGAAUUGGUGAUAGAGUUUAUGUGAAUGGUGAAGGUCUGAGUUUAAAAGCACACCAAGGUAAUGUGCCCUGUGGUAGAGAUUUCUAUAACUCUGUUGACCUUAAGGGAAAUGUGUAAAGAUGUAGCUUUAGGGGGAGGAAAAAGAAAAAGUUCAGUCUUUGACUUUUUCAGUUUUAGGAAUUGUGAAGUCACCCAGUCAAAAACAAACGAUAGGCAUACAGUGACAAGAUCUAGCAGAUUGGGGAUAGGUAAGGAGAGGUAGAUGAGAGAGGUAUAGAAGGGGAGGAGGAACCAGAGGAGGAGACACUGAAGGAGCAGUCAGAGAGGUAAGAAGAGAACCAGUAAAGAGCAGUGUCACCAAGGCCAAGUUUGCAAAAGGUGAGAAGUAAAACGAGUCAUCAAUAGUGUCAAAAUUGGCAGAAAAAUAAAGAACAAUAAGUAGGAGUAAUAGUCUUUGGAUUUGGCUAUCACUAAAUCAUUAGUCAAUAAAGGUUUUAGUGGAAUGUUUGGAGCGGAAGCCUGACUAGUGGGUCAAGUAAGGAAUUGGAGUUCUCUGUAAGAAGUGGAAUACUCUGUAAGAUGUGUAUGAACAAGUCUUUGAUGAAGCUAGGAAAAGCAUCAGGGUCAAGAGAAUUUUUUUAAAAAAAAUUAUAGUAUGGGCGUAAUCACCAUGUGUAUGAAGGACAUGGGUAAAUUGCCAGAAGAAUGCGAGGUAAUGUGAUCCAGGGUGCACAUGGUAGGGCAGUAAGAAACAAAGCUUCAGAAACAACAGCGAAGUGUAGAGGAGGACUCUGGGUACAGGAUUGGACAGUUUAGGAGAGAAGCGAGCAAGACAAUCUUUUUGAAUGGUGUCAGUCUUUUCUGUGAUGUUGAAGAUGACGUGGGGAGCAUUAGUGAGAUAAAAGUUUGAAAAAAGGUGUUUUUGGUCACACAAGAAGGUGGAGAUGGGGGGGCCUUCGCUUUGUACAUUGUAAAGAGCUACUGCCUACAGUCGUUCUUCGCACCUUCCUCAUCUCACUUGAAUAAAAAAGACAACCAGCCCCAGGUAAUAGCGGCACACCGGGGCAUUGUUUGGUAUCCUCGUAGUCCUGUCCAUCCCUUUACAGAAUAAACAAAGGGAGCACUAUGAACCACCCUCCAGUCUGUCACCUGGAGUUUGCGCUCUAAGAGCCAGUGCACUCUAAGCUAGUGCUUGUGCUGCCUCAAGGUAGUGCCUGCCCUGCUUUAAGGUAUUGUGUGGAUUUUGUAUGUCAGGGUUGGCAUUUGGCUUCAUGCACAGGGUGGAUAGUGAUGUGACACCGCUUAUCUAGAUUACUUGAGUGGGUAGUAUUGGAGCGGGGUGAUACCAUAGAACAAAUAUAGGCAAUCUUUGGCACUCCAGAUGUCAUGGACUACAUCUCCCUUAAUUCUCUUACAGCCAUAAGCAUCAGUAGUCCACAACACUACUACUUUUUAACCUAUUCGACAAACCCCAAAGAAAACAUACAUGCAUUCUGUGGGGGAUAUAUGAAAAAACUGCUUGAAAAAGCUGCAGACCUGCUGUCUACAGCCUUUACAAGCCCUCCCGUCUCAGUCUGUGCUGGGUAAUGACCAGUCAGAGCCUUCUCAAUGAACUCUAGUACAGUGCAUUGAGAAUGGGCAGUUGCGCUCUAGCACAGCGCAAUUGUCGCUUCUUGUAGCUCUCUGGAGCAGAAAUAGAACAAAUUCUUGUUUCUACCCCUUUUUUAUAAACUAUAAAAAAUUUGACAGAUUCCAGACAUAUAAAGCACUUUAGAAAGCAUAAAUGAGUUAUGUGUCUGUAGUGGUCCCUUAACACCAAAAAGAUUUUGUUUACAACUGUUUGACUUAAGAUAGUUAUUUACUAAAGUGAGAAUUUCCUGGAAUUCAAAGUGCAUUUCAAUUUUUUUUGCCAAAAUGGUAAAAUUAGGAAAAAAAAUUAAUCUGUUUUUUAUUUGGUUAUUUUGGCAUUAAAGGACCACUAAAGUCACCCAGACCACCUCAUCUCAAUGAAGUGAUUGGGGAUCAGUGAUCCUGUCUUUUUAACACUGGAAUGUAAAAUACAGCAGCUCACAGAAAAACAUUGAAUUCAAUGAUUUCCUAUCAGAAGUAUUUAGAUGCGCAUGUAGCAUUCGGAGUGCAUACACGUAUGUUUUCAAUGCUCCUCUAUGAGGGUCCACCAGGAAGAGAGCAGGACCUAAAACCAAUCUGCAGCUAGGCACUAUAGCAUUAGGAAUACAGGUUUGUAUUCAUAACACUAUAAUGUUCCUUUAAAUUUGGAAUUUACAUUGAACUUUAAUUUGCAGCUAUAUGCACUUUAGUGAAGACCCCUAAAACAAUAUUGCAUUGAAGGACUUUGAUAUUCAUAUAUGCCACACAGGAGAUUUUAUUGCUUUGAAUAUUUUAUGUUGUGUACUAGAGCUGUGGAAUAAACCUACAUGGUCAAUGACUAAACUCUGGAUUUUGGACAAAGUCCAGUGAAAAUGGCUGAAUUCCGACCACAAUGGUAAUUUUCAUAUUUACUAAAUCCAAACCUUGUCAGGCCAAGAGAGUCCGCAGCAAUCGCGCAGAUGCAUUUGGUGACCACAUUAAAAUCAGUGCUUGCGCAUGCGAAUCUUAUAGAAAAUAUAACAUUCUAAAGAUUCCCAAUGCACCAGUUUUACUAAAAGUCAGAACUAAACGAAUCCAGCCAGCAUUCACAAAUUAUUGUUCACCAGUUUUUUUGUAAGUGAAUGAUAAAUGUAAGUACUAUUCGUCGGCUGACAGCGCUACCAGCCAGCCAGCUGGUAAAAAAAAAAAAAAAAACCUAGGCAAAAUGAGAAAAACAAAAAGUCUAUGGGAGUCAAUAGGACAGGCAAGUCUCAUCUCUCUUAAGGCUUGCCUGUCAGAGUGUUCUGAUUGGUUGGCUUAUUAGUAAACCAUUCAGAAUGUUCCUACUAAUAUUACUUAACAUGGGAAGCCUUUAAUAGGGCGUUGUCCACUAUGAAGGAGCUCAGUCUGUGCCGAGCCCUUGCAUGACAAAGAUGCUUAUUUUAUUUAUAUUAUUUAAAUUGCAUUAGUUGGGAAUUAUGGAUUUUAAAUUGUUUUUGUUUUUUUGGGGACUGAGAAAAAGAAUUAGAAAAAAGAAGACUUCUAAUGGUAAGUAUAAUGACUGCCCAGUCAUUCGUUUUAAAAGAUAUGCGCUCACCUGCUGCAUGGCAGGUGGUGGGCAAAUGGAGGAUUUAAACCUUCAUUAUGGUCAUUUGGGAUCUUACUGGCCCCCAUUAAUUUAUUUUUUUUAAUGGCUGGCUAGCAUGUCAUAGAGCUCCUCAGCAAUUGAAAGUAAUAGGCUAAAUGUAUGGGCAUAUCACAGAGCUCCACGCCAUAAAAUUCCCAGUAAUAUGCAGGGUGUUAGAGUAUAUCACUUGGUGUCUGAGCAGAACUCACAGUAAUGAUCAGUGCCUAUUAGACUUGGGUGCUGCUGAAAUUUUUGUUUUGCCCACACACAACUGAAUGAAAAAAGAAAAUGUUCUUUUCAGGCGAAAUUUGUUUUCAUUUCAAAAUUUCAUUAGAACGAAUUCAAUUCCGAUCCGUGCCACGGGCCAUGACUGCAUCUUGCAGGCAUUUAGUAGAUAACUCCCCAAAUUGCUAGCCUUGUGGGAUUAUCAUAUUUAAGCAUACCAAAUUAGGGAGCUGUUUAGUAGAUAGCUCCAAUUUGGUAUCCUUAUGGCAAUCCCAGAAGGAUUAGGGAGCAAUCUACUAAGAAUCUGAAAGCCAAAAAUUAGGAAAAGCCCUUACUUUUCAUAAUUUUGGUCUUUCAGUCAAAUUUACUAACACUAAGUAAAAAAUACUACGUAAAAAAGGCAGAAAAAAAGCCUCCCUAAUGCCCCUACCUGCCGUGCUGCGAGUAGAGUCAUAUCUACUAAACAGCGAUCAGCCAGUGUCUGCUUGCUGUUCUAAAAGCUUUCCUUCGCUAUUUAAUUUGAGUCAGAGUGCUCUGGUUGGUUGGUUGAAUUAAUUUAACAAACCAUCCAAAUUAAUUACUUUUGUUGCCCCACCAUGCGUUUAUGGGUUUAAUCCCCUUAUUGUAUUAACAGCAAUAGCAGUUAAUAUAUAAAUCAGGACACAGACCGGGAAACGCGAAGAUAGAUUUCAAGGCGAUUCAAGGCAAAGACAGAUUUCCCCUCCCAGCCACUCUGCAUUUCCUUCUGCCUCACUCUGUUCCUUAUUUUGAUUGUUUUUUUUAAACCUCGCCCUCCUUUUCACUCUUUAUCCUCCCUAUUGCUUAGCUCAGUGGAGCUAAACUCAGGAUGCAGACAAUUAACCAGAACACCUGCCUUACAAAGACUUCUCAUUGAGCUGCAUUGGGAAGUCUGUGAUUGGACAGCCACAGAAAGUCUAGGUUAGAAUGGGAGGGCUUGCAAAGGCUGCAGACAAGAAAUCUGUAGCUUUUACAAACUGUUUUUGUAUACACCCAAUGAAAAAAAAAAUUAAAUGCAUGUAUGUUUUCGAGAGUUAUACCUACUAAAUACUAAUUUUUGUGGGGUGUCUUUAAGUAAUAGAGAUAGGGCACUUAAAAAAACACAAUUGGGAAGCAACAUCUUAAUCAAUUAUUGCUGUCCCAUAGAGAUCCUAGCUCUCAUUCAAAAUGUAUGUCAUACAUACUCAAAAUUCAAUGCUUAAAAUGCACUCUGGUUACUUCAGAGAUGAAUCCUUAGUUUUGCAUGCACCCCACAACAUUCCAUCCCUGUCAGAAUUAAAAUGUUAUAGAUCAAAAGAUGUAGCUAUGCAAAGAACGCUUUAAAAGUCUGAUGUAUCCUUCAUUUGACUUUUUAUUUCUAAAGUUUAAAUAGAAAAUAUACUUAAGUAACAGCAAAAUGGAUCUCUAGAGGAAACAUUUCUUCCAAAAAUAAUUUUUAGCAUUCAGAAAUAGUUGGUUAAUUGCCACAGUUCAUUCAGAAGGGUAAUUGUUAUGUUGGUACUAUUAAAAACUUUCAAACAUAUUUUAAUUUUGCAUAUUCUGGCAAAUAUGAUGCUAAGUGUGUUUUCAAAUUUUAGUGUCUAUUCCAAAUAAAAAGAUUGAAAACUGGUUUACAAUAAAAUGUACCCAAACUAGUAUCAUUUGGAUCCUCUUUAGCAAUUAAAUCGGGAUGGUAAAUUACAUGGACACUCUAAACACCAAUACAACUUAAGCCUAAUAAAGCAGUCUUAGGGUAUAGCAGUGGUUCCCAAACUUUAGGUUCAAGGCGCCUUUAAUAUUUUUCCAAGGCGCCCUAAAUGAAAACAAUUUCUUAGGUUGUAUAUGUGUACAGCGCAGCAGCAUAUACCGGGCUCCUGUUCGGCAGAAAUGCUUGCCGUUCAAGCGCAGAUCCAGAACCUAAUCUUGGGAGGGGCACUGGUAGAUUAUUUAAAGAAACAAUCCAGACACAAGAACCACUACAGCACUUUGUAGUGGUUAUGGUGCCAAUAGUGCCAUAGUGCCCUCCCAGAGUAAGUAGUCAAACUGUUUAAGAACAGUUUGACAACUUACCUGGGAUCUGCCAAGAUUCUUUAGUAGGGAAUAGGGGCACUAGUGUGUGUGAGGGGUGGGGUGCAAUAUAUAUAUAUGUGUGUGUGUGGGGGGUGCAGUGAGUGUAAGGGGUUGCUUUGUGUUUGUGAACGGUGCAGUGUGUGUAUGUGGGGCAGUUUGUGCAUGAGGGGUACAGUGUGUGUGGGAGCAGGUUGAAUGUGGGGUGCAGUGUGCUUGUGAGGGAUGCAGUGUGUGCGUGUGUGUGUGGGGUGCAGUGAGUGUACAGUGGUGCAUUGUGUUUGUGAAGGAUGUAGUGUGUGUGCAUGAGGGGUACAUUGUGUUUGGGUGGGAAGUUGUGUGUGUAUGGGGGGGCAGUGUGUGCAUGUGUAUGGGGGAGCAGUGUGUGUGUGUGUGUAUGGGGGGCAGUGUGUGUAUAGGGGGGAUAAGGUGUGUGUGUGUGUGUGUAGGGGGAGUUAUUGUGGGUGUGUGGGGAUAGAAGGGCAGAUAAAUAUAUACUUUAAAAAAAUAAAAGAAUAAUAAUAUUUAUAUCCCCCCUCCCUGCUUACCUUUGCCUUGGACGGGGGAUGUUUCCUGCAAUCCCUGGGAAAGUCCUGGUAGUCCCAGUGGUGAGAGUGAACUCUAGCAGCCUAAAGAGCUACUAGAGUUCACUCUCACAAGAUUUGGGGUGUCGUUGUGUCAAGCUCGCAAUAGGAGAACCUGGCUGAGCUGCAGGUUAGAGCUCCCCCGGGUUCUCCCUUACUCCUCUGCCGGCAUAACACUGCCAACGGGCCGGUCAGGGAGAUCUCUUAUCUCCCCUCCGGUCCUGCAGAGCCGGCAGGGGAGAGGGAGGCACAGUUCCCGGUGCUAUGAUCAUAUGAGCAGAGCACCAGGAAAAUAUCUUGCUACUCCCCUGUGUGCCCAUUGACACACAGUUUGGGAACCGCUGGGGUAUACAGUUGUUAUCAAAAUUAUUUAACCCCCAUUGAAAAUCAGUUUGUUUGCUUUUUUGCAAAAAUUUGCAGACUUUCAGACAAAUCAAACAAAGCAAUUGAAAUAGCCCAACACAAUGAAUGCUUCAAGUGGUUUUCACAAAUUCAACUGAAAAUUUAACUUAUAACAAUUUCUCCAGCCUCAAAAUUAUUCAUCCCCUUUGUGGCAAGCAUAUUUAGUACUUAGUAGAGCACCCUUUUGCUGCUAUGACCUGCUGCAAACAAGGUGCAUGGCCAGACACCAGGUUCCAACAUUGUUCCUGCGGAAUCUUAGUCCAUUGCUCAUGGCCUCCAGUUCAGUAAUAGUCUUGGGUUUGCAUGCUACAACCUCCUUCUUCAAAUCCCACCAGAGAUUUUCUAUAGGGUUCAAGUCAGGUGACCACUGUAGAAUUUUCCAGGACUUCUGCAACCAAGCCAUGGUGGAAUUUGAGGUUUGCUUGGGAUCAUUGUCUUGUUGGAAGGUCCCAAGCUUCAGCUUCCUCACAAACGGCAUGACAUUUUCUCCUAUGAUUUCAUGAUAUGUCAUUGAAUCCAUCUUGUCUUCCACAUGCUACAGGUUUGAGUUGAAUUUGGGGAAACUACUGGAAGCAUGUUUUGUGUUGAGCUAUUUCAAUUGCUUUUGUUUGAUUUGUUCAUUGCAAACAUAUUUUCAAUGGGGGUUAAAUAAUUUUGAUUACAACUGUAUACCCCAGCUGAACGUCUGUAGAUUUCGACAAUAAACCUGAUUUUCAUUGGGGGUUGAAACAUUUUGAUUACAACUGUAGUUAAUGCCCUAAGAAGUUAAAUCACUUUUGUUUCUGUUUAUGCAGCCUUAGUCACACCUCCCCUGCAUAAAAACUAUGUUCAUUCUCAAUCUGUGCAGUGUGUUUACUUUAGAAGAUCGUAUCUCCUGCUCCCGGUAAGUGAACUUUUAUGACACACAGUAGGCAACUGCAGGUUGUAGCAGGCUAUUAACAGAGCAGGAGAUAAGAAAUUCUAAAUUAAACAUACUUUGCAUUAAAAGAAGUUUAAACAUUGGAUCUCUCCAUUAAGCUAAAGCUGUUUUGGUGAUUAGUGUCCUCAUAAAAAGGUGUGGUCCGUGAAUGGAAGUUGUCCAUGUUGGCAGAUCUCUUCAUCUACAGUAAGGAAGCGUAGAGGACUGUUUAUCCACUGCUCUCUAGGUAUUCUCCAAAAAGAGGUGACUCAGGAUACAGAAUAUGGUCAAUAUGUACUUCACUUGUGUUGAAGCUAGCAGUUAAGUCUCCAAGCUCUAUAAAGAUAUAGAUGUUUAAAGUGAAAAGAACAUAAAGCUCAGUGAGUUCAACUUUUCACACACCAUUCUAACUUGUAUGGAUUCAAAAGAAGGCAAAUAAUCUCUAGACUGACAUAUCUAAUCUUGCUUAAAAAGAGAAGAAAAUGCUUCUUGACUUCAAAAUGAAAGCUAGAUUUCUUUGUGGAUCAAUAAGCUGUUUUGAUUGUGUCCUUCGUUAUCCUACAUCAUAUGAAGAAAUAGGUUACAAUUGGUGCAAUCCCUGUGGGUUAUUGGCUAAACUUGCCUCAUAAGUGUUCCUCUUUAGGAGGGCGCUGUAUGUUUAAGAUCAAAAGAUUCCAAAUUAUGAUCUUCUUUGCUUUGAAAUUUUUGUUUUGUCACUCUUUUUAUAAGAGUUUAAAAUGUUGAGUGUUUAUGGGACUGCAGCACUUACGGGUCUGCAGCACUAAAGAGACACUAUAGUUAUCCAGACGACGUCAUCUCAAUGAAGUAGUCUUGGUGCAGUUUCCCUGUCUUUUUUAAUCCUGCAAAAUCCAUGUAAAAUAUCGCAGUUUUUUUUUUUUAGAAAUGGCAAUAUUUAUGUUGCAAGGUUAAUGGAACCCUAUAGUGUUAGAAAUUCAAACAUGUAUUCCUAACACUAUAGUGCUGAACUACCUAAUUAGAUGUCCUGCCCCCCUCAGUAAGGAGUUAAAAAAGUAGCUUACUUACCUUUUAUUCAUCCUUGAGUUGGUCUCGGUGUAGCUGGCCCCGCCUCCAUGGCUGAGAUAAUUAAUCUUGAUGAUCUCUGCCAAUUCAAUGUUUCUCAUAGGAAACCAUAGGGAGGCAAAAUGCUGUGCUGCACCAAUCAGCAUCUGCUCAUAGAGCUGCAUUGAAUAAAUGCAUCUCUAUGAGGAGCGAUCAAUGCAUCACUGAAAUAGGAAGCACAUCUACUGGCUGUCUGGGUGACUGCAUCCAAAUAUGUUACCAUGCAUCAAUUCAAAAACUGACUUUUACAGGUGGCUUUUACAGUUCUAAGACUGCAGGUAAAUACUAUAGACACCAGAACCACUACAUUAAAGUCUCACAGUUCAAUUUACUGCCAUUUAGGAGUGGCACUAGCCACCUCCCUCACCCUCAGCCAGCAGUUAUAUCAUACUAAAUGUACUUUCACCUUAAAUACAAUAUAAUAUAAUGGUGAUCACAAAAGUUAUACUCCUCCAAAAGUAAAAUUAUCAGCCUCCCUUGAGUCACCCCCAAUCGACGAUUUCACAUCAGUCAAAGCAUAUACACAUUAUACAAGUAUAUUGUGAGUGCAUCUAAUUAUAGCGGAUAUAAUUUGGUUAUAUAGAUUUACACUAUGUUUUGUAUAUUUCUUUAAUUUCAGAUCAUCAGCUGGUUCCCUUUUUCUUUUGCGUAUAGCAGUUAUAACAUAACUUGCUUAAGAAGUUUUUAUAUCACACUAAGGAGACUUCUGCAUGGUCUAGAAGGCUAUUAACAGAGCAGGAGAUAAGAACCUUUAAAUUAGACAGACUGUGCAAGAAAGGAAGUUGAAACAUUAGAUCUGUCUUUACAGGAAGUGUUACUGUGCAGAUUAGAUCUGUCAUUAGAUCUGUCUUUACAGGAAGUGAAACUGUGCAGAUCACAUACAGGGCGGUGUGACUAUGUUGUGUAAACAAAGUGAUUUAACUCCUAAAUGAAAGAUAAUUGAGCAGUGAGACUGCAGGGGCAUGAUUUGUACUCCAAAACUGAUUCAUUAAGCUACAGUUGUUCUAGUGCCUAUAGGGUCCAUUUAAGCAGUAGUGGUUCUGAUGGCUAUAGUGUGCCUUUGACUAGACCCCGUCUUCUCCAACAAAACAAGCUUUCUCUAUGUGCAUAAUAUAUAUAGAUGAUUUACAUGCUUGCGGCAUCUCAACUCACAACACUGUGAAUCAGGUAUCCAACUGUCCUGGCACUAAUAGUGCUAUUUUCCAUCAAGUACAGUCCCAGCAAAAUGUGCAAUCCACCUGGUGCUAAGUAUCUAACUAAUAAUGUCAUAUAAAGCUACUACACCACUGCCAUGCUUUAAGACUUAUGCGGGCUUGAAAAGAGUUACACAUGCACACAAAGGAACAUGCACAUUUAACCCCUUAAGGACACAUGACGGAAAUAUUCCAUCAUGGUUCCCUUUUAUUCCAGAAAUUGUGUCCUUAAGGGGUUAAGGGAACACUAUAGUCACCAGAAAUCUACAGCUUUAUGUAGCUGUUCUGGUGAGUAUAAUCCGUUCACUACAGGAAUUUUUAUGUAAACACUGCCCUUUCAGAGAAAAGACAGUGUUUACAUUACAGCCUAAGGACCCCUUCAGUGUUCAGCGUCUCCAUUCUCUACAUAAGACACUGAACUUUCCCCAUAGAGACACACUGAUACAAUGCAUCUUUAUGAGGAGAUGCUGAUUGGCCUGGGUGCAGUUUAGCUCCACCCCCCAUCCUGCCUAUUUGGCUGGAAUCAUCAGAAUUUCCUAUGGGAAAGCAUUGGAUUGGCGGAGAUCGUCAAUUCUGAUGUUGUCAACCAAGGCUGUCAAUCGGGGGCAGGGAUAGCACCUGUAGGCCCAUGAGGUGCUGGAAGAAAGGUGAGUUUAAUACUAUUUAAGGGGGUUAAGGGAGGGCUGGGAACCUUAAUAGUGUUUUUCACACUAUAGGGUCAGGAAUACAUGUUUAUGUUCCUAAUUCUGUAGUGUUCCUUUAACUUAUAUUUUAUGCUUUUAUACCGGUGGUUUCCUAACUUGAUGUACAAGAUAUUUAACUAUAUUGAUCAUUGCUGUCUUGAUUAUAUAGUUGCUAAACUUGCCCAAUAUAUUUAUAUAUAUUUUUAAUUCCACCAAAUACUGCUAUGUCAUAUUUAUAUGACGUGUAUUAAAGGCACCUCCAGGUGGGAUAAUUCACAUCCCAUGAACAAAUAUUUACUGCUCUUUAAAUGUGUUUAUUUGACAAGAAUUGUAUACAGUAGAAACAAUAAGGAUAAUUGUUAGAAUAUGAUGAGUAACUGUACUUCACAUACAGGGUUGGGGUAUAAGGCUUCAGAACCUAAAUUGGUUUAUGGGUUGCAGUUAGUGAUGGGAUGACUAUGAAAUUACAGGCCCUGCAUUAGAAUAGAAAAUGACAUGAUACUUGUCCACCAGGGGCAGAUGUAAGAGGGAACUCCAACAAUAACCAACCGUGAAUUAUCAAACAAAGUAUGUACACCAGGAAUUAUCAAAGUAUGUACACCAGUGGGAUUGAAGGGGAAGACAACGGAGAGCCAAGGUUAGGUGACUGGGUAACUGUGCGGAUGUGUAUGUAAAUGGAAGAUUAGGUGAGGGUUAGGUGACAAGGUGGGGGCUAAGUGGCAGGGUCCAUAUAAUAUAAAUGGGUUGUGAGGUAGGGGUUAGGUGACAGGAUGAAUUUAUGUAUAUAACUGAGAGGGGAGGUGGAGCUUAAAUGACAGGGUUGGGUAUUUAUAUAAUAAGAGGUGAGGUGGGAAAUGUUAAAUAUUACUUUUAUAUAAGAAUAUUAUGUUCCUUUGGAUGAGUAUGUAGUUAAAGUUCAUGUGAAUAGAGGAAUGUACUUUUGUCUGCAGUACAGAUGCUGUGAUGUUGCGAUGCAAUGAUGAAUUUCAAUGUGAUUACAUAUUAUCACUCUAUAUAUCAGAGUAGGUGUGUAUGUUUGUGUGUAAUGCUGGUGUAUGCCAAUCCUAAAGUAUAAUUUAUUUACGGUCAGAGUAUAAACUGGAGGGAUUGAUUUUAUAUGUAGCUUAAAUGUUUUACAAAUGAGUAGAAAAGAUGUGUGUGAAAGCAUGGGUAUAUUUCUAUUAAAUUGGUAACGUAUGAAUGUAAGGGUGUAUUUAUGUUAAGUACCUGUGAGCGCAGGGGUGUAUUUUCAUGGAGUGUGUGUGUGAAUACAAGCGGGUGUUGAUGUAUGAAGGCUAAUAUGUAAAAGUGUGGAGAGUUUGUGUAUGAAUGGUGGGCUAUAGUUAUGUUGCCUGUCUAUGUGUAAACAACGUAGGAGUAUUUUUGAGCAGUGUGUGAAUAUGGGUGUGCACUUGUGAGAUGUGAGUGUGAAUGUGUGUUGCCUGUAAGCUUGUGUAAAUAAAGAGUGUAUUACAAAUAUAGAUCAGUGGUUCCAUGGUGUAAUGGUUAGCACUCUGGACUCUGAAUCCAGCGAUCCAAGUUCAAAUCUCGGUGGAACCUUUCCAUUACAUAGCAUUAACGUUUAGAAGCUUAUAAGUCAGUUGGUCUGUGGGAAAAAUAGUUCAUAUCAAGCUUUUAGUUUAAGCAUGUGUGGGAUUGGCAUAAGGCUAUCCUAGACUUAAGAUAAGGCCUGGGACUAAUUAAAAAAAGAAUUUUGAAAUAUUGGGCAGACUAAAUGGACCGAAUGGUUCUUAUCUGCCGUCACAUUCUAUGUUUCUAUGAUCAGGGUGUGUGUGAAUGAGGGGUGUAUUUACAAUGUACAAAUGUUUUUAUUUUUUUAUCUUUUGUACUCCCCCAUUUACUUUUGGCUGUAUGUCUCUCUCAUUCUUCCUCAAUGUAUAUAUUGACCAUUCUCCAUCAUUUGUGUCUUUACACAACCCACCUGUGUGUCUAUCUAUUAUCAAACUCUUUGUCCUUCUCCACAUCUACCUCACUGUCACAAAUCUUACCCACUUCUAUCUCCCUUCAUAACUGUGCAUCUCCUAUGCCUCAUACACCUCCUCCCAAAACCCCCAUGUAUGUCUUUGCAAGAGCUUUCUUUAAAUGGUUUAUAAAAGACCCAAGACAAAUGUUUCUGCUUAAAACUGAUUUAUUCAAAGUUUAUUCUGUUUCUCUUAGUGCCCUGCCAGACCGUCCUAGACUACUUGAAGACUGUACUGCAACAUCACAAUCAACUAGUGAUACCGCAGCCAGUAGAGCAACCAACAGAGGUAAAACAAGAUUUUUUAAACCCCGUAAGCUAACUUUCUAUAGGGUAUUACAUAUUAUUUAAUAUGUUGAUAAAUACAUAUGUUUGUCUAUAAUUCAUUAGUAAUGACAGAACACACUACCACCAUGUGUAGCAUUGGUGACAAAUGGUAGUAUAUGUUGGCUAUUUAAAUAUCUUUAUAACCAGAUUUCUGAAUUCAUCCCAAUGAAGCUUUCCAGCAUUUAGUAAUAAGUGUUAAGGUGAUUAUAUCCCAGUACGCAAACCCAGGGAAAGCAGUACAAGAAAAACUUUUACUGGUCUUAUGAGUGGCUGCGCUUAAGAGAGCAAUAGAGAGUAGUCCAAGUUACUCCAGAAUCAAGGAUGCAGAACAAAAGGUCGAUGAGCAUGCCAGUCAGGGAGAAAUUAGAUUAGAAUAAAUGAGGGAUAGAGCCAAGUCAAAAACCACAAUAUCACCAAUCAUAAACAGAAUGCAAUAUCGAGUAUCAAAAGGACAACGAAACGAAAGGGCAAGAAGCAAACUGAGUCAUGGUCUUAAAUAGUCCUGACACUGACGCCAUUGGCUGAAAAUAGUUUCAAAACCUAGGGGAAGGGUAUUACUGUAAAGAUGCAAACCGCUGCGACACCAGAAAAUGAUGCAGAUUAAGGGAGGGAAGACACCAAGGAGUGAAGCAUCAGAAACUGAUGUAGAGAGAUGCACAAUAAGUCAAAACCAUCUUCUGGUUUGUAUUGUUCCCUCUGGAGAAAGUACUGUUGACUUCAGGUCAGCCAAGUAAACGUAUGUGUAAGACAUUCAUCGGACAAGCCUCCAUAGCUUACAUUAGACACGGCAGAACAAUUCUGUUUUCCAAGAAAAGUGCAAUGCCUGUUACUCAGAAUCCUUCCUCGCUAGGAUGGAAUACUUGAUUAAUGUAUAAAGUACACAUAGAGUUCUCGUCUUCUGUUCCUCUUGGAGACUUGCAGAGAUGGAAUCUUUUUGUAUAAAAAAAGAAAAGGAAAAACAUUAUGAUAAUUUCACAUUUGUUCUUGGGGCAUUUGUAUAAGAAAUGUAUCUUCGCAAUUCCCCUUGGUCUUCAGAUGUGUUGAGAGGUGGAAUGUACUUUAACUUUACAAAAUUUCCAAAGCUUGCAUAGCUUUGAUGGAAGAAGUCUUGAUACAUUGAUUGAAGCUGAAAAUGACUCGUUUGCAUAGCUUUAAUGGCAAAACAAAGUCUUCUCAACUCCCACUGGGUAAAUAUUGCCUUAUAAGCUGUGGAUGGGGCUUCACAUUUCCAUUCUCAAGUAAUCGCUUUGUUUCUUAAAUUUUAUUGUAAGCUAAUGAAGAUAUAUUCUGAUAUAAAUAUGAUUAUUGUGUAACAAAACAUUUCAGUAACGUAAAUAGCAUACAGGUAUUGGUUGACAGUGUUAUUCAGCAUCCCAUUGGUCGGAGAUUUUCUGAACAGGUCUAUACACCGGGUUGCAGUAUCCAUUCUGCCUAUUUAUAAGUUUAUGGCGUUUUCUCCGUGCAUUUAGCAGUCUGUAAGUUUUGUUAUUUCGGCUGCAUGAAUUCCCUGCUAUUGGUUUGUUUUUAGAGGAUACUAUUUUAGUGCCUAUUCUGUUCACAUCUUGCCCUUGUAAAUAAGCAAUGUCACACAGUGUUAUUUACAGCAUUAUUUAGAACAAUUAACAACCUAUCCUAUUAAUAAAUUUAGUUUGGGCCACAUUUAAUUUUAAUUAAACAUAAAGAUGUCGAUUUGUAGCUAAUUAGUACCAUAUUUAUUUAUGCCUGAAGGAAACCGAAUGGGAAUGGUUAGAACUUACCCUCUGCAAAGUCUGGCUUUCUACUAAAAUACUAAACAUAUAUAAUUGUCAUUUUUAAAGUGAAAUUAAUGCAUAAAAAAGUAUAUCUUAGAUAUCUUUUAUAGUAGUCUGUGACAAUAAAAAUGAUACAUAUUCAAGCACAAUGGUGACAUUACUCGUGCAUUGUGGAAAAAUAAUGCCAUUGAGGCAUUUUGAAGAAAUCAUAAUAAGCCAGGCCCAUGCUCAUGGAAUAGGCCCAUUGAUUAAAAAUAAAUAAUAAUUAAUUUAUUUUUAAAUGGUUUUUUUUUACUACUCUGCACCUACUCUUCUUUAAGUAUGGAAACUUCAGAGGGAUCUAGGGGAACAAAACUUGUGUGGACUGACUGACAAUGAAAUUAGUUUAAGGGACAUUGUAGGCACCCAGACCACUUCAUCUCAUUGAAGUGGUCUGGGUGCAGUGUCCCUUUUGUACCUAGUGUUUACAUUGCAGCACUAAAGCAGCCUCCAGUGGCUGUCUACCAGACAUUAGAGGGCUUCGUAGAUUGAAACAAACCUUUGGUCCGGUAUCUGACGCUGGACAUCCUCACGCUCUGCAUGAGAACAUCCAGCGUCAGAUUUUUCCCCAUAGGUAAGCACUGAUUCAGUGCUUUCCUACGGGGAGGUCUAAUGCGCGCACAACAUUUGCCGCACAUGCGCAUUAGUGCCCGUUUGUCGCGGGACAACGGAGGGGGUGGAGCGUCGAUCAAGCACCGAGGAACAUCGUUGCUGGGAUUAGGUAUGUAAAUAAAGGGUUAUUUACCCUUUAUUUACUCUGGCAAAGGGAGGGAGAGGGGGGCGAUAGUGCCAGGAAUACAAAUUUGUAUUCCUUGCACUAUAGCAGACAUAGGCAACCUUCGGCACUCCAGAUGUUUUGGACAACACCUCCCAUGAUGCUAUGUCAGUCUUAUGGGUGUAAGAGCAUUAUGGGGGAUGUAGUCCACAACAUCUGGAGUGCCGAAGGUUGCCUAUCCCUGCACUUUAAGGUUACGUUGACUUUGUGCACUAUGCAAUGCUCUUGCUGCUUCGGUCUCUCUAAUACUGUGGCAUGUUCGAGAGAUUAGCAUAGGGUAAGUGUUUUCUUAUGGCUGCAUCUUAGGGGUUUCCCUCCAGCACCACCUCCACAAGAUACGGGAUACUUGGGAGGUAUUACUGUUUUCAGUGUUUUCGGUCGAUAAGAUUCUGUAAUUAGGCUCAUCAUAAUUGUCAGCACCAGGAGCAAUGGGCUCUUGAUCUAGCCCUGACGUGAGGGUUCAAUUAAUCUUAAUUUAGCACAGAAACAUACAUGUCCCUAUCUGCCUAAGAUUGAUAGGGGUUACUUUGUUGGGCGGCAGCUGCUAUUUGCACUUUCCACCAUUAGUUCAGCCCUCUGGCAAUAGUGAUAAGCUAGCAGAGGAACUGGGGAGACAGAAUUGCAAUGUUUCUUCAGCACUCCUCCUGCAAUAUCAGUAUUGGAAGACGGAUUGUGCAAGCUGUCACCUGGGAGCAUAAUAUCCCGUAAUAUUGGGCAGAUCAGGGAAUGCACAUGUUGGUUAUGUCCUGACAUUAGAGCACGGUACUGCACUGACACCUGUACUGCACAUGUCAUGGAUAAGGCCACCUACCACAUGGUACAAAGUUUGAAAAUACAAUGCCCAUUGAAAUAGAAAUGUCAUAAUCAUGUCACUUUUUUAUUUUUAUUAAUAUUUUUAUUCUCAUUACGCAUAUGAAGGUUUGAUGUUCAGGUCACAGCUGCACUGAAGUUGCUGGUGUCAACAUGUGACAUCUCAGAAGUUACCCCAUUCACCCUAUGUUCACCCACCUGUAAUAAACAUACCUCCCAAAAAUUGGAGGUGGCAUGGCUUGGGGGAGGAGGGGGGGCCUAUUUAGUGAUGGACCAGUGAAGAGGUGGGACAAUAAAGGGAAAAUCCAGAGUGUUGGGACAGUAGCUCAGAUUUGGGACUGUUGGGAAGUGUUAAUAUGGGAUACUUUUCAAAGUAAUCCUUGGGAAUAGCCUGAGCGUGGCAGCUUAAUUCUGGAACAGCCAAAAUUUUAAUAUAAUAAAAUGAAUAAACCGUUCUUUCUUUAACAGAUUAGGACUGUUUACAUUUUUAGCGUAACUGGGAUUUUGAUUAUUUCAGAGUUGAAGACAUUAUAUUAUUUUUGGGUUGUGUGGCUUGACGGGACAGUUUUCGUGACUCUCAUAAUCUUGUUUCUAUUUAAAAUCUGCAUAUCUCUGAUGCAGAAUGUAGAUAUUUUGUCCUAACACUGUGAUCUGCAGUAUGUGUUGUGAAUGGAAUCUUACAAGCAUUGACUAAUUAAUUGAUUUGGCCUUGUUCCUGUAACCCCAGAACCCAAUGUACUUGCCAUCUGAAAUCUUCAAACCAAUGAUGAGCUGUAUUCAGUGACAGCUGCACCUUUGAAAUAUCUUGGCAUAUGGGUUGUCAGAUCCAUCUCAGCACAAUUAGUCUUCUGGUUCCCAUUCCGCUAUGUCACAGAUCAAUUGGAAAAUGAAUUGCUUUAGAUUACGCCCAGAGGUUGUAGAAAUAGACAGUAGUGGAUCAUUGAAGGAGGCAUGACUGAAAAAAGGCAGCAGAGCAGAACUGGAAUAUAAACAUCACAUGUAAUAUCUGGUACUUAGACAACCGCUGCCCUCGCAGUGCUACAAUGCUACCUAAAUUUGCCUAUCUUAGCAAACAAAUAUGGGGAUUCAGUUGCACCUUAAGGCCAUAGUUUUAAUUUGUAAACAUAUGAUCCAAUUCUGGCGUCCUGUGAAUCGGGACACCGGUAGAAGGGAGGGAAAACAUCGGGUCAGUGACAUCAUCACGUCAUUGGCAUCACGUCAGGUCUGCCCUGCCUUGCAACGAAUUAUGGGGGAGGUUUGCCCUGCUCUGAGAAGUGUCCCCAAGGAGGGCAAAUCAGUUAAGAGAGCAGGAGGAGCGAGGGCAGACUGGAGGUGAUCGUUACAGUAGUGUAACACUCACCUCUGUAAUGAGAAUGUGGUAGUAGAGCAGAGGCUGAGGUAAGUUGUGGCAGGCUUGGUUUAACCCCUUAUGGACACAUGACAUGUGUGACAUGUCAUGAUUCCCUUUUAUUCCAGAAGUUUGGUCCUUAAGGGGUUAAUCAAAGGGACAGAUUUGUACAGUGAGAGCUGUAAAUUUCUUGAAUGCGCACCUGAAGAUGUGGUGAUUGCAGCUACUGCUGGUGCCUUUGUUAAGUGGGCUAGGUAAAUAUUUACCAAAUUGUUUUGUCUUUGGAAUAAAAAAACUGAAAUUGUGUUUGGGGAAUUCUUUUUCUGCACCCUCCAAAAAUAAUUUUAUAAAUCACAAACUAUUAUUAUUACGAUUAUUUAUAAAGCACACAGUACUGUACAGAAGGUAUGACGUUAUUUUAUGUUAUUGUAAUUCCUAAUGAGAACGUGUCUGUUCUAUUGCUUCAUGUUAACUAGUGUAGUUUUUGCAGCCUUAACAAAAGUCAAUUGUAUAAUGUCAGUACAGAAAAGAACGGAGAGAAAUUUAACAAAAAAUGUGUAAAGCCUGUGUUGAAUAAGGAUUAAUAGGGCAUACUAUAGUUUUAGUUUUAUUUUUUUUACCUGGUAAAUCAUUUCUCAUUUUUUUUACCUCUCUCCAAUUGCAGUCAGAAUCUGUCCCAGAGAGUCCCAUUUUAAACUAUUUGCGAACCUGGCUGACUGCUGGUUUACUGCUAAAUCAAACAAAUGAUCUGCCCAUCUGUAUCUCGAGCUUAUUGCAGUAUCUUCUUUUAUCUCCCAAGAAGCUGAACAAGCUGUUUUUGCUUUAUAGUUGCAUUUCCUCCACAUUUAGAUUUAUAUCAUACUAUCUACCCAUAAUGCUACUGUCAUCUUUUGAUUUUUCUAUCAUAAGUUAUUUUGGGUUUUUUAAAUACUUUUUUUGCAUCCAUAGUUUGUUUUUCUUAAUGCUUCUAAAGAUUUAAAGGACCACGCAUACUCUAAACUAGGUGUAGUCAACCUAGUCCCUACCUCCCACUAGUGGACGGUUUUGGGUUUUCAGCUGGGCGGUGGUGGGUUCUGCAGUAAAUGCAUAGUGGGCCUCGAUGGCCGCAGACCAAGGCCAGCAGCGGAGAUUCUUUCAUCUCCCCUGUUGGCCAAUGCCAGGUCAGCCUUGCUGUAAGCACUCUCGGGAUGGUGAGGAAAUCAAAGAUCUCCCUCACUGGUCCGCUAGCACUUAGUUCCAGCAGAGGGAGGGAAGAGCCUGGGAGACUCUGUGUUCCUCCCGCGAGCAGGCUGGUCGGAGCGUUGCGGCACGUUACCAUGGCAACGCUCUGAUACAGUGAUGUGCUCGCAGGAGGACAGGAGUCAGCCAGAGGCUAAAGUGAACAUGCCACCAUUGGACCACCAGGGCUUGCAGCAUUAUGUCCCCCCCCCUCCCUGGUAAAAGGUAAGAAGAAGGGAGUGGGAGACAUUACGAUAGAUUUUCACAUCUCACCCACCUUCACACAGCAUAGACCCUAUGAACCCUUCACACACACACACACACACUGCCCUCUCACACUGACAAAGACUGCCUCCUCACACGGACAAAUAUUUUCAUAAAAACAAUAAAGCAUUCAAUGUACAAAAAAUAAUACCAAUGAGUCUAAGUGCAGUUUAUGUUAAUAUACUAACAUUUUGAGCUCUGUGUUAACCCCUUAAGGAUUGAGCCAAAUGUACACGUUGUGAUCAAAACAAAAGUCUGAUCCUAUCACAGUGCUUCCCUAUAUGAUUGGCUGAGACUGACAAAGAGGCAGAUCAGGGGCAGAGCCAGCAUGAUUCAAACACAGCCCUGGCCAAUCAGCAUCUCCUCAUAGAGAUGAAUUGAAUCAAUGAAUCUCCAAGAGGAAAGUUCAGCAUCUGCAUGUAGAGGGAGGAGACACUGAAUGUUUGGAUGCAUUUUAGGCAGCCAUGACCCAGGAAGGAUCUCUAACAGCCAUAUGAGGAAUGGCCAGUGAAGUUAUCACUAGGCUGUAAUGUAAACACUGCAUUUUCUCUAAAAAGACUGUGUUUACAGCAAAAAACCUGAAGGUAAUGAUUCUACUCACCAGAACAAAUUCAAUAAGAUGUAGUUGUUCUGGUGACUAUAUAGUGUCCCUUUAAGCAUCCAUUCUUCCUAUGUAAUCAAUCAACGAUGUAUAAUGGAGCUCCACAGCGAUAAUGUCCAUCCAAACUGCAGUCAUUAUGUAUAUAAAGUAGUCUGCGUAAGUGUUAUACUUAAUGUCUUACUUAAUUACUCUAGUAAGUACAAGUAAGUAGGGCCGACCUUACGCUUUUAUGCGCCCUGUGUGAAAAAUCUUCACAGUGCCCCUUCCUGGUCAUACCCCUUCAUCCACGUGUAGUGUGUGUAUAGAGGAUUUAUUAGAUUAAUAAUUUUUUUUUAAACAAAUAUUCAUUCCCGCUUCUCUGUUGUUACCUUGCAGGGAGGGGAAUCUGGUGUGCACCUCUGUUGGUUGCAGACCAUGAGUAACUGUCUCGUGAGUUCAGGCACUCACAGUGUAAGAGCUUUGCUAAGGUAAUCCGCAGCAAUGUCCGAACCACGGGAGACAGCUACUUAUGGUCUACAGCCACCAGUGGUGCAGGCUAGAGGUGCCAGACUUCCUCCCCAGCAUUACAGAGGGGUAGAUGAAGUAAUAUGUGUCGUUGUCCUAUAGUACUGUGAUUUGUUUUGCUUUGGAGCUCUGGAUUUUCCUUUUUUACCUUGACCUCCUUCAAAUUAAACAACUCACAGUAAUGCGCUGUUUAUCGAUUUAUUACUGAGCUUCCCAGCAACAAAAAAAGUCCUCACAGUAUUAUGUGGUUUGUACCAGUUUGUCACAGUACUCCAUGACAAUAAAAUUCACAAUAAUAUGCAGUGUAUGAGCAUGUCACAGAGUUCCACAACAAUACAACUCCCAGUAAUGUGCCUAUUAGUAUAUCACAGAGCUCCCCAACUAUAAAACACAGAGUAAUGUUUUAGAGCUCCACUGUAAUAAAUCUCAUAAUACUAUGAUGUAAUGUGUGUGAUCAGCGUGAUGGCUGUGUGUGAUAUGUAUGCUAUGUGUUGGGAGUGUGUGAUCUUUGUAAUUGGUAUAUUGCCUGUGUGUGAUAUGUGUGUAUUGACUCUGUGUGAUAUACGUGUGUAUUGAAUGUGUGUGAUUUUUGUGCUGGGUUUAUUGGCUGUGUGUGGUCAGUAUUUUAUUCAGAUAAAAAUAUGCAUAUAGACCAAUGUGUGAAUGUAGGUGUGUAUUAUUUUUAUUUUUCAGAGUCACAUGCACACAAUUCCACAGUGAGAUGCUCUGAAUAAGUAUGGUAGCCAUCUGCCAUUAAUUUUUCCAAGUUUGAUAACGAAUAAUAUUAAAGGAAAGCUUCAAAACACGUAAAGCGCUUUAGCUUGAUGAGUGUGUCCUCUUGGGUUUUGUUUUGUUUUUUCAUUUUACAAAAAAGUGCAGAUUUCAAUAGCAUUUGGCACUAAAUUAGCUUUGUUACAGCCCCCUGCCUGCCUUCCAGUCAGCCAACAGGUCUUCUCAGUUUCUGGCUGUUAGUUGGGAAUUGGACAGCCACAGAAAGUCUGGGCGGAGUCAGAAGGGGAGGGCUUACAAAGGCAACAGAUACGAGAACAAAAACUGUUAUUAGAGUAUUAUACCCCCAAUAAAAAAAUAUAUCAUUAAAUUCAUGCAUGUCUAGUAAUAAAUACUGAACAGUAUUUAUUACUAGAACAUCUAAACCAUACUGAGUUUUGUCUAUUUUUGUUUUGUUUUAUUCUUUUGAUUUUUCUAGAAUGCAUUUAGCUCAUUCCUUGGUUGCUUACUUUCCAAACGCUAAUAAAUGCAUGAUUUCCUGCCACCUAAAUUGUACAAGAGUUACUUUUAACAUCUUUCCAAAGUAACCUUAGUCCACUCUGAGCUAUUUAAAUUUAUAUCCAUCAACAAGUCUUCCCUCCAUGUGGAGAUGAUUUACCUAGGCAUCCUUCCCUUAUCUUGGGAAAAUGUUUCUUGUGUGACAAGGCUUCAAAUAAGUUUGCCAGAGCCAAUGUUCUGACCUUGUGGCCACUGCUAACGUGUGAUUUUAGAAAUUACUACAGUCCUGUUCUUGUUCUACUUUUUAAAUGCUAGCACAUCUGUUUUCCUCCCGCUGACAAUGCCGAGUCCUUAGUGAUUAAGAUAGCAUACAUCGUAUUAUCUCAUUUUUUAAAUCCUUGUGACAUCAGUUAGCCAUAAAGCAGGAUUGUGAUUUGUAACUAGUUUUCAUUACUAAAAAUUUUUUUUUACCUUUAUCUAGUUUUGAAAAAAUUUUGUAAGGUGUUUUAAUGUUUUACAUCCUAUUUUUUUCCAUCAAUUUUUCAUAUUGCAGAUGAGUUAAAUAUACCACUGUUGUCUCGUUAACUGGUUCACCUUAUUGAAAUUAAAUUUGUGCUGCAAUGUGUUGAGCAGCCCGUUAACAUCGUCAUUAAAAUUGUCCAUUGUGUUGCCCAUUCUUCUUUGAAUUUUUUUUUUUUGUUAACAUUUUUUAAGAGAUAUUAAUAAAACCAUGUAGGAUAUUCCCUCACAUUGGGGAGUCUUGAUGAGAUAGGAACAUGUGAUGGUUUUCUGAUUACAUCACAGGCUGAAUGUUAAAAAGCCAAAAAUAUUAAUUUUGCUACUAGGUGACAGGUGUCCAUUAACCUAUUGAGUUGUAUAUGGAUAUUCUAGCGUGUUUCAUUUGACAUUUCAGGUGCACAUGUGUGUUUAUGUUACAGAUUUUGUACUCAUACGUUGUACAGUGCUUAUUUAUCCUUUAAUUGGCAUAACUGAUUAACAAGGCAUCUUUACUUAAAAUUGCUUGCAUACAUCAAGGCAUGGGAGGUGUUUGUUCUGCACAUUGACAACACUUGGGAAUAUUUUGGGGUAUUGGUUUAUUCACAGUAAAGUGUCUUUUGCAAGUUUUUUUAAGUAUUUUGAAGUGGAGAAUUUGCUAACUGUCCAGUGGGUCUGUUAAUUUGUCUAUUGGUCUUCUUUAAACAGAUUGUGAUCUCUGAAUCUUUCAUGUUUGACAUAAGAUAUAAGGCGUUUUUAUUUGAUUCAAUAGUUAUAGCCGUGCUAUUGAAAAUUAUCAGAAAGGUGGGAUUGUGAUCAUUUACUGCCAGCUCUUAAUUUGUCGACAAUUUAAAACUAUUUGUAGUCCUCAGCACAAUUAAAGGAUCACUAAGGACUCCAACACAAGUUAAAUGCAUUUGAUAGGUUCUGCUUUCGUAUUUAUGAUUUUCAAUUUUUUUUUUUUGGACUGAGGAUACAGCUAAAAUGGAUCAGUCAGUAUAAGAAAUAAACCCUUGUGUCCACCAUCAUAACUUUAAUUCCCUCGCAAUGUAAAAAGAUGUUAAAUAUGUUUUGUAUAGAAGUUGUUUUAAUUAUUUGCUUUGAAAUGUCGAUGUUCUAAAUGCCACAUGCAUUUGUCACCAAAGUUAUACCAUUUAGGUAUAAUUGGCUAAUCAUCUGUAAAUGGUAUGUUGGUUCGACAAAUUUGAGCAAUUAGUCCUAGCACUUUACGUUAGCCUUCAGCUUUUAUAGCUCGUGUACAUUCCGAGCUGUGGAGAUGGUCUGAGGUUGACAAAGUGGCAUUUGUUUAAUUCUGCAAACUUGAGCUAAUAUGCUUUGCAUAACUAUUAAUCAGCUUUUUAAUUAUCUUAAUUUAAUACUUCUCUUGUACAUGAUUUACCCAUAGUUUUUAUUCCACUGUAAAAUGAACAUCGAAUUUUACACCAUUAUAAUUCUGAAGUCGUCAUUUAAAGAGUAGAUGAUAAACCCUCGUUUUGUGCAUUGUGUGGCUGUCAACUUCCAUAAAGACAACUCUUUUAUCAGACCUUUGACAUGUUAAUGGAGGAAUCGGAAGGUUACGGGUUAUAUUUAAAUGAUGUUCUCAGUCACUAUAUCGUUGACACUUUUGCUCCUACCUGUUAAAGUGCAAAUUAUAAAUAACUACUUUUCUCGAAGGUGUUCAUUAUACCUCAUUGGGUCUUGUUAUAGAAAAUGCAAAUGUAAUUUAAAAGUGUCAACCUUUAGAAUGAGCAAUUACUUGUUCAUUUCAAUGCAUUUUUUAUUUUUUUAUUGUCGGCAUAAGAACUUGUUUUUAUUUUUCAUGCGAAACCUCUUCAGUAAGUUUCUUUGCGACAUACAUUCAGUAAGUGCGUGCCAACAUUCUAAUGUCUGUUGUAACAAGCCUGUAGUUUUCUCGUCACCAUUUUCAAUUUGGGUCACCAUAUACCCUUUCUGUCAUUCAGGGCAAGUUUAAUUUCUUAACAGUAUAAAAGCAGAAUUGAGCAUGGGUGCACAUGAGGUUGACUUGCAUUUUAGAACAUUUACUCUAGUAAUCCUUGCCACAUGCUCAAUAAUGGGGCGGCUGCGUCAGUUCUAGAAUUGGGGUUAGGUAAUAGGAUGGGAAACUCUAUUUAAAGAAAUAUAUUAUGCAAUUUGUUCACACUGUGUAUUUUCACAUUAACAUUUCCUGCUGUGUUUUUUCGCUAAUUCAUAUAUACGUUUUUUUCAUCUUUAUUUUAUUUACAACAGCCUUGUAUUUUCACAUUCACUUUUGCUCCUCUGUAUUUUUUUGGGGGUAGCACAUUGGCAUUUUCAUUUUAUUUCUCUCAAAUAUAUGUAGCCAAUAUGUUAACCUGUUUAUCUGUCUUCAUUUUAAUUACUGAAUUGGAUUAGGGAUGUCAAGUACCAUGAGCACUGUGCCUAUCUCAUGUAAUUUACUUAAUAUUUAAAGUUGUCACUGCAGUGACAUAUAGUUCACAUUCACACUGGAAAAUCAUUACAAGAAUGGCAUUAGUAAGCAACAUUUGCAGCAUCUUGUCCUCUAAUUAAUGGAUACGAUAUCUCUCAUUUUUUCUAGUAAGUAACUCCCAGUGCAUAUGGAUUUUUAAACUUAAUUAUCUCAAGAUUAUAAAAGAUGUCAUUUUUGCACUGUAUGUGCAUUCUAACACAUGUGGAAAGCUUAGACAGUAAUUGUCAUUUUUGACAUAAGAGUAUUUUUAAACCUGGCGUAUUUAGGCUGCUAGCAGUUGUGAUAUUCAUAUUUUUAUUCAUAACUUUAUUUUAAUAUGUAUUGAUUAAUAAAAGUACAAACUGAUAUCACUAAAACCUUAAAAAAAGGAGUGAUAUUUGCAUUUCAUUCAUCCUAAUGUUGCCCAUAUCCUAGAGUAUAAUUAAAUUGGAACAGUGUGCAUGUUUCACGUAUAUUUGUCAGAAUGAAUACCUCUUUAAAAUUAAUAGGGACUUGAGAACACAACUUGCACAAAUAUGGGACAAAUAAGUACUCAUGCUUGAAUAGGCAAGAAAACAAAAUAAUCAUACAUUUUAACAGAAUUGUUUCGUACUGGUUGAUCAUCAUGAUUAAAUCUGACUUUACAAGGAGCACAUGGCAGUCUGUGUGGUUUUGUUAGCAUGAUGCACAUUGCAUUAAUCUGAAUGAGGUAGUACGGUACAUUUCAGUAUUUCAUUUUAAAGGAACACUCCAAUCACCAUAACCACGACAGCUUGUAGUGAUUAUGGUGCCUAGUGCUCCACCCCGCACAAUCUAUGAAGUCAUCUAGACUCCUAACAUCCUCUACUAAUGCCGCCAAGCCAGAAAUUCCUUAGCAGGGACUUUGAUUAGCUCUCCUGAGCUAAGUCCUACAUUGCAAGGCUUACCUCAUUGGAUGAGCGUGGUCAGAUGCAAGGAGAGCUUUUGCCCAUUCUCAAAGUUCUCAUAUUCUCUGUUUUUGUUGCAGUGCAUUAACUUGGCUCUCCCCAAGUUAAAAGGGUAAUCCAGACAUGGACAUUGUGCUAAUUGUACCUAGAGAAUUAUCAGCUACACCUUGCUGAAGAGGCACAAAGAAGGCCAAAAUGAUAGUCUGGGAUUGCUGUAUAAAACUUGCCAGCAUUUCAAAUCUAUCCUUAUGGGCAGGAUCAAUCUGAUAUAUAUAUGGUAUAGUUUUUCUGUGUAAUGGCACAAGCAAGUAAAAACAUUUUUAGAACUGAGCGCGGACUAACCGACGGGAAGGCUAUUGUGGUUUCUCUGAGCGUUUUCCUGUUUUCAGAGUUCUCAUAUUCUCUUUUUUUGAUCUAAUGAAAGUUCUUGCUUAGGAACUGCUCGGUCUCCAGCACUAGUUGUGUGAGUGGGGAGAUGCACCUGGUGGACUCCAGGUAAGACCUCAAACAAUUCAAAAACAGUUUAGCUAUUUAAAAUGGGGGUUUGCCAGCGCACUCCAGGCAUCCUAACCACUACAGUGAGCUACAGUGGUUAGGGUGCUUGGCGUGUUACUUUAAGGGAUUUUUUUUUAUUUUGUAUUUUAUUGAAUUUUUGCAUAUGGAUACAAUAACACAAGCAUACAUUUUCUUUACAAAGCAAAGACAAUGGAUUAAAAGAACAACAUAUAUAAAAAAAAAAAAAAAAACAGAGUAUAUAUAAUUUAACAAUUGGCAUUUCCAGAGUUAUUCUGUAUCCUAAAAUUCCAAUAGGAGGUGCAUUACAAAUUGCACUGCAACUACAAACAUGACAGUCUCAAUGAUUUUAAAUGCCUGACCAACAUGUGCCCUGUGUCCCUACCUAGACAUAAGAAUUCAAGAUAAGAAUAAAAAGCCAAAUCCCCCAACAGAGUGAAUCAGCCUUUCCCAUAACCACAUUCGUGCGGCCUUGGGAAAAGGAAAAGGUCCGUGCAGUCAGGAGACACUGGUCCUGAAAGACGUCCUCUGGAACCAAGGCUGACAGAUUUUGUCCAACGAUGCCCUCUGAGCCAGCAGGAUUGUGGACAUAAUUUCAUAUUUAAAGUUUUGUUUAAUUUUCUUGAUAACCUGACAAAGCUAGGACUCUGUGUCCACUCCCAAGUCAACGACACAAGGCUCCUUGUAGCCCCCAAAAAGUUUUGGUGUGUGACGGGGUGGUUUUAGGGAACAGCAACAAGAGAUAAUGUAAUGGCUGAUGUAAAGGAAAUAGUAUAAAUGGUAUAAAAAAUAAAAUAACUUCAUCUUAGCCAACAGUUGAGCUCUUUGUUUCUAAAUGGGUUCCGAUUUUGGGCAUGACCACCAAAUAUGCAGCAUUGUAUCUUCUCGUUCACCGCCAACAAGUGGAAGGGACAUUAGGAUAAAUGUGGUGGAGUCUACUGGGAGUUAAAUACCUUCUGUAAACUCGUUUCUGAUGGGCUUCGAUGUGGUUGCAACAGUGAAGUGAAAUAGCGAUAGAGAGUACUGUAAAGGACAUUUUUAAAGCAAUUGUAUACUAAAAAAAAAAUAACCAUCUAAAUGUUUGCCAUCUAUUGGUUGUACUUGUAAUAUAACACACGGGCAAUGUUUUGUUUUUUGUGUGAUUCUCCUUAAACAACGUUUUUGUUUUUGUUUUUUUUUAAAUCUUUUCUAGGGCAGCAAACAGCUGCUGAACAGCUAUCCUGUAUACAUCACUAGUAAGCAAUGGGAUGAGGCAGUUAACUCGUCUAAGAAAGAUGGAAGACGACUCCUCCGGUACCUCAUCAGAUUUGUAUUCACAACAGAUGAGCUAAAAUAUUCGUGCGGACUUGGGAAAAGGAAAAGGUCAGUGCAGUCAGGAGACACUGGUCCUGAAAGACGUCCUCUGGAUCCUGUUAAAGUUACAUGUCUCAGAGGUACUGCAUCUUUUCACUCAGCGUAAACUGUCCAUGAUCUCAUUUCAUUGAUAUCAUUUAUACGGAGUUUCUGCCAACCCUCCACAUUCUCUGGUUGCCGCAAGCUAUGCAUUCCUCUCCUUCAAAACUGCACCUGCCUUUAAAAUCAAUACUGCAUCGUCACUGAUUAUUUAUGGCCUUGCUAUAUUGAUCAGUCAAGUUCCUAGGCAAGUGAAUAUGUGUAUUUGGCCACAAAGUUCUAAAAUGUUUUCAAUAUGCUUUUCCUGUUUUCUCAGGAAUUCAAGAAUAGUGUGCAGUCACAAUCAGGUGUCAAAGAUAGAACGUAGAAUGGAACACAGAUAGUAACUGAUGUAUUAUUGUGCUUUACAUGGGAGAUAUGCCACAAAAAAACAACAAAUAUGACAAUUAUUUCUAGGGCUGUCAGUGGGUUUCCAGGCAUUUGUUAGCAGUUGAUACCAGUUUUUGAGAGGACUCAAAGAUUAAGGAUAUUUGCGACAGAUUAGGAGAUAACAACAAUUUAGGUCACUGAAAGUUUAAUUUAGAAGUUCAAAAGUAUGUAGAAUUAUGUGACUACGUUUGAACAAAUUAAGCUCUUUUUGAGUUUUAUUUCUGUGAACUGCUUGUUCUACACUUGAACAUACCAAUAAUCUGAAACCCUAAAAAAAGAGACCAUUUGAUUUAGACCUAAAACCAGGACUGUCCUUAAAAAAAGAGUGCAACACCUUGGAGGCAUGAGAUAGCUUGGUACUAAAGCUUUAAAUAAAUGCCACAUGGUCUCUACACAAAUAUCACUCAUUCGUUGAAGUCUUCUCUUGACUGUUUUCAGUUACUGCCCCACAAAGGAGCAGCAGAUUUCCAUAGGAUUCCCUUCUGUUUGUUUAGUUACACUGUGGCUGUGAAUUUUGUAUCUAAUGUAGGGGGAUUCAAACGAGACACAUGGCGGGGAAUGAGACACAUGGAGGGGCUGGGGGGAGGAAAUGAGACAAGGGGGAGGGCCUGGGGAAAUGAGACACGUGGAAGUACUGGGGAGGAAAUGAGACAUGUGGAAGGCCUGGGAGGAGGGGGAAUGAGACACGUGGAAGGCCUGGGGGGGGAGGGGAGAGGGGGGAGAAUGAGUUACUAAGAUCACAUAUAUCGAUACUUCCUAUCACUAAAUUCACAGACUAAUUGUCGACUCCCCUUCUUAGUUGCAACAGCUAGUGCAGAGCAUUAUGUUGCAAAAUGCAGAUGACAGGCUUACAGUUACUGUAUACAUUAUGUUGGCAAAAUGUAUUGAUGAAAAUAUAUGUCCCUAGACAGAGACCUAACUAGAAACCACCGGGUCCCAGUGCAAAAAUUGAUCUGGGGCCCUCCCCCCAUGUCUCAUUUCCCCUUACCCCCUCCCUCCCUGGCCUCUACGUGUCUCAUUGAUAGUGAGGAACUUUCUCUGUCAGGCCUUUUCCCUUGCCAUGGCCUUUUGUAUCAAUUUGCAACACUGUAUUUCUCCUCUUCUCCAAACCAUAUGGUGAGUAGCUCCAAUGAAAGAUACAAGACAAGGUAAGGUUCAAAGUGACUUCUGAGCCUUUAAUGAGCCGUGUAACAGCUUUUAUACAGCAGGAAACAGGGGUGGUCGUUACAAGCAGUAUCCAAUCCCAAUAAAAUCAUCUAUCUUAUCUUAACAUCUUAACCUAUAGCAAGCUUGCAGAUGUAUAUUCAUGUUCGGGCCUUGCUCAAAGCUAAGUUUCACUAUAACUUCACACUUCAAACUAAUAUGCAUGUGCACUACGAAAUACACAUUACUAUGCAGUUAUGAUCAAAGGGAGAAAAACCGAAAAUAAGGCCAACAGAGAGAAGAAUACCGGAUAUAACACCUAUUACUUGAUACAUGAUGUUCUACAGCAAAUAACACCUAUUACUUGUUACAUGAUGUUCUACAGCUCCUAACACCUAUUACUUGUUACCAUAAGGGUGUGCACCCUAAAGCACAAACACACACGCCGCGUGUAUAUAUAUAUAUAUAUAUAUAUAUAUAUAUACACACACACACAAACACACGCACACUGCUGUGUGUGUGUGUAGGCGCUGUGUGUGUAGGCGCUGUGUGUGUAAGGGUGCUGUGUGUGUUUGUUUGUUAGGGUGCUGUGUGUGUUUGUGUGUGUAAGGGUGUUGUGUGUAAGGGUGCUGUUAGUGUGUGUAAGGGUACUGUUAGUGUGUGUGUGCUGUGUGUGUAAGGGUGCUGUUAGUGUGUGUGUGCUGUGUGUGUAUGUGUAAGGGUGCUGUUAGUGUGUGUAUGUGUGAGGGUGCUGUGUAAGGGUGCUGUGUGUGUGUGUGUGGGUGCUGUUUGUGUGUAUUGUGUGUGGGGGGGGCGUUUAGUUAAUAUCACCCCUCCCUUCUUACCUUUUGUAGAGAGGGGGGACCGUUCUGCUGCCUUUCCUGGUGGUCCAGUGGUGAGUGAACUCUAGCCUGCUGGCAAGAGCUCCUUGGGUCCUCUCCUGCCUCCCUCCCUGCCUGUGGGUCGGUGAGGGAGAUCUUUGAGUCCCAGUUUCUCCUUGUGUUUUUCUCCCCCCUCCCUUGAAUGAUUCUCUCCCCCCACCCUAGCCCCUCUGUUGAUUCUCUCCCCCUCCUCUUUCCCUCCAUGAUUCUCUCCCCAGCCCCUCCAUGAUGCCCUCCCCAGCCCCUCCAUGGUGCUCUCCUCCCUCCCAAGCCCCUCCAUGAUGCUCUCCUCCCCUCCACAAUUCCUCCCUUUUCUGCCCCUCCAUGAUUUUCACCAUCUCACCAGCCCCUCCAUUAUGCUCUCCCCUUUCCCCAGCCCCUCCAUCAUGCUCUUCCCCCUCCAUCAUGCCCUCCCUCUAUUAUGCUCUCUCCCCCCUCCCCUGCCCCUCCAUAAUGCUCUCACCCUCCCUGCCCCUCCAUCAUGCUCUCCUCUGCCCCUCCAUCAUGCUCUCCCCACUCCCCAGCCCUUCCAUCAUGCUCUCUCCCCUCCCCAGUCCUUCCAUCAUGCUCUCUCCCCCUCUCUCCUGCCCCUCCAUGCCUCUUUUCCCCCUACCCUCCAUACCUGCUCAGCGUGCACAGUUCCCAACCUGCCUGGAAGAGCUCUCUCAGUGAGCACUUCAUGUCAGACUGUGCACCCGCUCGCACUACACACAAUGACUGGCUGGAGGGGAGCACUGUGCUGAGUGCUCCCCUCCUGCCGGUCUUCAGGGGUUGGCUGUGCGGCCAGGCCCUUUGCGGUGACGAGCCUGGUUGCAGUUGAGACCCCUGCGUCCAUGGUAGUUCCGCCACUGCCCCUAGAGCUUGAUGAUAUUUAGCAAUGGGUACUCAGGGAGCUUAGGUUAGUAGAAGCCAAACUAUUAUCUUCUUUAUAUUGAAAUUUAUAUUUAUUUUAGGUACAAUCUAAGUCAAGAAAUUUCAGACCGCUGAGUUUAACAUCUGUUUAAGGGUUAUAAAGGAUCAAUAUUCAGAAAUUCAAUCUGAGCAUAUGAUAUAGAUAAGUGUAAGAAAUGGAAAAAUAAAGGUGUUAUGAUGGACGCUUCAUGUCAAACUAGCCUAAUUGCAUUCUAUGAAUAAGUCAGCGUAAGUAAAUAUCAGUGUUGCAGUGGACGUGUUCUAUUUGGAUUUUGCUACGGCAUUUUAUAGAGUGCCACAUGAGAGGUUACGGUAUAAUUUGAAGGCCAUUGUUUUAGAUGAAAAUUAUCAUUUUUACUUAUACCUAAGUAAUACACAGAUAAGGUAAUACACUCUGAGCAAGAUAUUACUUCUUUAUCCAGAUCUGGACACAUUAGAUUAAAUUCAAAGUAAGUAAAGGCAUUUUUUUUUUUAUUUUUUUUUUAUUAUUCAUGAAAACAUUACAACAAUGUAAGCGGGUAAGAUAAUGUAAUAUGUUCAAGAUGUUGUACUAUGUUAUAUAGAACAAGGUUAGCAAACCUUCAGGCCUCCAGAUGUUUUGGACUCUUAAAAUCAUAAUGCUGGCAAAGUUUUUAGGGGAGAUAUAGUGCACAAUAUCUGGAGUGCUGAAGUUUGCUACCCCUGUUAUAGAAGUAGCAGGGUGCCUACACAGCUGAUGAGUUCUUGUCUAAGUAAUUACUGGAAAGUAAUUGAACCAUGAACCAUGCCACACAACUCUAAGAUAUAGCUACCGUAUAUACUCGAGUAUAAGUCGACCCGAAUAUAAGUCAAGACCCCUAAUUUUACCCCCAAAAACUGGGAAAACUUAUUGACUCGAGUAUAAGACUAGGGUGGGAAAUGCAGCAGCUACUGGUAAAUUUCUAAAUAAAAUUAAAUCCCCCCAAAAUUAUAUUAAUUGAAUAUUUAUUUACAGUGUGUGUGUGAAUGCAGUGUGUGUGUGUGUGUGUGUAUAUAUGAGUGCAGUGUGUGUGUGUGUGUGUGUGUGUAUGAGUGCAGUGUGUGAGUGCAGUGUGUGUGUGUAUGAAUGCAGUGUGUGUAUGAGUGCAGUGUGUGUGUGUAUGAGUGUAGUGUGUGUAUGUGUAUGUGAUGCAGAGCCUUGGUGGGGGGUGGGCAUUUUUAUUUUAUUUUUUUAUAUUAUUAUUAUUAUUUUAAUAUUUUUUAUAUUAUUAUUAUUAUUUUAAUAUAUAUAUAUUUUUAUGUUGUUUUUUUUUCGUCCCCCCUCCCUGCUUGAUACAUGGCCAGGGAGGGAGGCUCUCAUUCCCUGGUGUUUCAGUGGAUGGGCUGUGUAGGAGGGGGCUGGCAGGAAGCGUUUACUUACCUUUCCUGCAGCUCCUGUCAGCUCCCUUCUCUCUCGUCCGGUCAGCUCCACUGCCGCGCGGAGCGUUGCCACGGCAACCCGUGGCAACACUCUGACCCCGCGGCUCUCGCGAGACCUACAGUGGAGGAGAAGGGAGCUGACCGGACCGGAGGAGAGAGAAGGGAGCUGACAGGAGCUGCAGGAAAGGUAAGUUACAGCUCUCUGCAUGUGUAUGAGUGCAGUGUGUGUAUGUAUGAGUGCAGGAUGUGUGUGUAUGUGAUACAAAGCCUUGGUGGGGGGGGGGGCAUUUUUAUUAUUUUUUUUAAUAUUAUUAUUAUUAUUUUAUUUAUUUUUUAUAUUAUUAGUAUUAUUUAAAUUUUUUAUAUUAUUAUUUUUUUUUUAUAUUAUUAUUUUAAUAUUUUUUUUUAUUUAUUAUUACUAUUAUUAUUAUUAUUAAAAAAAAAUUUUAAUAUUAUUUACAUUUUUGUUAUUUUUUUUCCGUCCCCCCUCCCUGCUUGAUACAUGGCCAGUGAGGGGGGCUCUCAUUCCCUGGUGGUCCAGUGGAUGGGCUGUGUAGGAGGGGGCUGGCAGGAAGCGUUUACUUACCUUUCCUGCAGCUCCUGUCAGCUCCCUUCUCUCCUCCGGUCCGGUCAGCUCCCCUGUCAACUCCACUGCCGCUCGGAGCGUUGCCACGGUAAUCCGUGGCAACGCUCUGACCCCGCGGCUCUCGCGAGACUUACAGUGGAGGAGAAGGGAGCUGACCGGACCGGAGGAGAGAGAAGGGAGCUGACAGGAGCUGCAGGAAAGGUAAGUUACAUCUCUCUGCCAGCCCCCAACAGGACCACCGGGCUUGUAAUGAGCCCGGCGGUCCUGGUCUGUAUUAUUGCAAUGUAAGUUGCCAUAAUACAGACACUCACUCGAGUAUAAGACGAGUGGGGGUUUUUCAGCACAAAAAAUGUGCCGAAAAACUCGUCUUAUACUCGAGUAUAUAUGGUAAGUGGGUUUACUCAUGGACAACAGGCGCAAUGUCAGUUAGCAGAUGCAAAGCCCUGUAAGGUACUGCGAUAUAUAGAUAGGGUAUUAAUUGUAUAAAUAUUCUUAAAUAUACUGUUUAUUAAUCAAUGACCAACGCUUACCUUGUAUAAGUGGUGAAAUGGUGUGCACCAGUUUGUUUUCGUUUUUUUUUGUUUUCUUUAGAAGGAUAAAUGGAGACUAAAACAAAAUCAUAAAGGAGGCCUUUAAUACCGUGGUUAAGAGGAAAGGCUAGAAAAGUUACAUUUGCUUAGUUUGUGAUAACAACUAUUUACAGUGUCAGUACAUACAUAUAGUUACAGAGAUAUAGAGGCUGAAAAAAAGAUGUGUCCAAGUUCAGCCUUUCUCACGUCUGUUUUUGUUGUUGAUCCAAAAAAAGGCAAACAACUUAGUAUCUUUAAUGCACUUUAAUAUCUGAUCAGAAUUAAGGAAUCCUCUUACUUCAUCAGGUGUAUCACUUGGAAAAUAAUGACUGUAUUAUCUUAUUUGUCUUUUAACCCCUUAAGGACCAAACUUCUGGAAUAAAAAGGAAUCAUGACAUGUCACACGUCAUGUGUCCUUAAGGGGUUAAUGGUCAGUAGGCUGUGAAAUAUUUUGUCCAGCCUUUAGCAUUCACAUAGUUAAUAAUGAUGAGAAGGGGGGAUGGGGUUCUUUAAAGGUUUUUUUUGUAUUAUUAUAUUUUGUUAUCCAUUUUCCUAUGUGCCUUAAUUUGUGUAAAUCAUUUUAAUAUCCAUUUGCUGCAAAGAAGGGGCUGAUAUGAGCUCAUUAAUUAAAAUCUAUAAACAUCAAUGAACAUUUGAACAAAUGAUAUCAUUCCAUAAGUACAGAUUAACAGAUGUGCCUUUUCAUCAUUAUUUAAACCCUUGCCAGAUGUUACUGCUAUAUAAAUUAAGCCAGCAGGGAUUACAAACUAUAAACUAAUAUACUGAAGCAUUCUUGAGCAGAAUUACUGUAUUAAAGGGAUGCAGACUUUUCCUGUUUGAUUAAUAAGAUAUGGAUAAUUGGUUGCAUAGAUACUGUGUAGCAAACUAUGCCCGUUUAAAAAAAGCAAAACAAAACUGGAUGUAUGUAUGUACGUACAUACAUGCAUGCAUACAGACAUACAUGCAUACACAGAUGUCAAUUCAAGGUUAAGGCUGUGCUAAUUUCAGCAGAUCUCGGAAGGAAUUAGCAGACUUUAAAUUCUCAGCAUAUUUUCUGUAACUUUACAACCACAAGAUACUCCAAGUGGCAUCAGCUAUCUAAGGCUGUAGUUGUUUUUUGUAAUUCUCCAAAUAAUUAGCCAAGAUGCAUAUAUCCUUCAUCUAUGCGCUAGAAGUUAUCGUGUUACUUUUUUGAGUAGCUAUUAUACCAUACACACAGGCAAACUUUAUUGAAACAAUAUUAUUAAGGUUAUAUUAUUAUAUGUAUCGCAUAUUUCUGAUGCCGUCCUUCCAGAUAUUUGAUAUUCCACAGAUUUAGACCACACUUGAUUAUUUAACUAUAUGAUUAUUGGAGUGAUACAUAUUUAAGUCUAAUAUGCACUUAUAUUAAUGGAUGUAUACCUUGUUAAAAAAAAAUGGAAAAUAAUCAGUAAUACACAGUGCAAUCACUGCUACAUUGAUAUCAAGAGCAGCCUUCAGGCAUCCUGUGUAAAACAUGAGUGAUUUCCCUCCCCCAAUUAUACAACCCCCACACCCCAUAGUUAUUAUUAUCAUUUGGUUUUAAUAAUUGUAAAAGCCACUUGUAAAACAGUCAAUCUUUCACAGACACACUUACUUAACCCCUUAAGGACCAAACUUCUGGAAUAAAAGGGAAUCAUGACAUGUCACACUAGUCAUGUGUCCUUAAGGGGUUAAGAGUGUCUGAAUAUUACCGUUAAUGUCAUAGUGUAUUAGAAUGAAUAAAAUAUAGUUUGUCCGUAUCGGUGUAUGUGACAGUUUCUUGUUGUUGAACUAUUGUAAAUGCAUGUGGCUGCCCCUCCAGCAUUGUGCAUUGUGUGAGCAGUGUGCAGCAGAGCUUGUGUUUGCAAACUAUCAGUGCGUGUCAGUUUUUGUGUGUGUGUGUGUGAUGUCUUGUCAGAUGUUUGUGAAGUGUAACACACAUGAUGUUCAAGCAGCCUUAGAGGUGUAAUGAGUGUCAUAGGAGAUAUCAUUGUUAAACAUCUGACAACAUGAGGCACUAAAUGUGAUUCCUAACUACAAUUCCCAUGAUGCUUAGUCAGGCACAAACCUCUCUAAAGGGACACUAUAGUCACCAGAUUUUAUUUGUUCUGGUGAAUAGAAUCAUUCCCUUCAGGCGUUUUGCUGUAAACAUUGUCUUUUCAGAGAACAUGCAGUGUUUACAUUACAGCCUAGUGAUAAAACCACUGGCCACUCCUCAGAUGGCUGCUAGAGCUGUUUCCUGGGGCAGUGCUGCACAGUGAGCAGCACUACCAUUCAGUGUCUCCACCCUCUGCAUGGAGACACUGAACUUUCCACAUAGAGAAGAUGCUGACUGAGCAGGGCUGUGUUUGACUUGUGCUGGCUCCUUGACAGUCUCCGCCAAUGCAUAGAAACAAAGAAUGUAAAGGCAGAUAAGAACCAUUUGGCCAAUCUAGUCUGCCCAAUUUUCUAAAUACUUUCAUUAAUCCUUGGCCUUAUCUUAUAGUUAGGAUAGCUUUAUGUCUAUCCCAAGCAUGCUUAAACUCCUUCACUGUGUGAACCUCUACCACUUCAGCUGGAAGGCUAUUCCAUGCAUUCACUACCAUCUCGGUAAAGUAAUACUUCCUGAUUAUUAUUUUUUAAACCUUUGCCCCUCUAAUUUAUAACUGUCUUCUUGUUGUGGUAGUUUUUUUUUUUUUUUUUUUUAAAUAUAGUCUCCUAGAAACUAUAGCAAGCAGAUGCCUGUUGCAAAACAUUCUAUAUUAUUUGUCUAUUUAGAUUCUGUAAUAUAAAUCUGGAAUUGCCAGUUCCAAACGUGGUAGACUGCUUAUCAUAAGCACCAAAUUGAACCCUUUGAGUACCAUUGAUGACAUUAAUGUUCUACUUCCUUAUUUUCAAUCCAUGUGUCUAAGAAGCUCAAAAUAUUUUCAAUCAUUCUAAUAUGGUAACCAGACUUGUUAUUAAUACAGGAGGGAACUUUGGUGAUGUCUAAUCCAAUCCAUUUUGAUCUUAAUACUAUCCAUAUGCUAUGUUUACUUGUUUUUAAAUGCGUGAUUCUCAUAAUGUGUUUUUUUAUUUCUCCCAAACAUCCCAGAGUUUAUUAGGAUGCAUUGCACGUCAAAUCCUGACUGGUGGAUGCCAUCAGAAGAGCAAAUAAACAAAGUUUUCAGCGAUGCUGUAGGUCAUGCUCGUCAAGGACGUGCUGUAGGUACUUUCUUCCAUAAUGGCAAUUCAUAUUACGAUGGAAUAGACCAUCACGUUUGCCAAGAGGAUAUCUUCAAUCGAAGCUCUCAUGAUGGAUCUGGAGAUUGAUGUCAAGGGAGGAACGGAAUCGAAGAUUUCAGAAAAACAAAGACAAAACGAACAUGAAGCGAGCAGAGUUAGCCACAAGAUGAACAAUAAUAGUGUAAUAGUCCGUUUAACGUGUCUUUAAUGUUUCGUACUGCAAAUGUGGCCAAGGACUGGUGGAGGACAGCUGUGGAAGCUGCAAUACGUCUCCUUAUAAAAACUGCCCAAAGUGUGCUAUGAGCCAGAUGUAACAUGAGUGAGUAAGAAAGCGAACAUCAUGAUAAAGUUUCAGGGACUUGCUCUAGACCCUACGUUCUGACUGUUAUACUGUUGCUGAAUGCAGCAUAGUUUAUUGGUACAUGGUCUUCAGGCUCUGAUUGUAGCUGAACAUGUACAUGUUGGUCUGUUCUGUAGAAUUAGCUUUAAUAGAAUUCUCAUUUUCAUUCUAAAUCUAGCUCUUAAGGACCAAUGGAUCUCCAAUUGCUUUGUACUAAAGCUCCAAGCACUCCUCAUAUUCAUAGCUCAAUAACAAAUUGUAGGGUCACAUACUGUUAAAUCCUGCAAGUCUACCUUGCAUUAAUCCUUCAGGACCAAGAUUAGCAAAUUCAUUGCUAUCAUGGAUGGCUCUCCACCCAAGUCAUUGGUCUUGAAUUAGUUAAAUAAAAUAUUUUGGGUGGAACAGAGUGGAAUCACAUAAUCAUAAUGUUAGACACUAAAAUAAAAAGUUCUGUAGUACACAUGGCAAAUUUAUGACAGUGAUAUGUUAAGUUACACCUGAAAAUUAAAAAAAUAAAUAAAACAUAUUAAGAGAAACAUUAAAUUAUUGCAUUAAUCAGACAGUAUAUUAUAUAGUUAAAAACAACUAAAUUCUGGAUUGAGCCAGAGACCAAAGGGAACUGGAUUAACAAAUUUGGAAGUAAUGUAAACAUAUGUACAUUUUAUUUAAUAUUUUAUGUAAGUAAGGAUUAGACUUAUUUGUACCAUACCUCUCAAGUGUUCUUAUGAAGAAACACAUGUCUGCCUUCCUUAUUUAGUGUAUUUUUUUAUUUUUCUGGCAUGUGAGAAUGUGUAGUGUGUUUUUGAAUGUUUCGCAGUGGUAUACAGUAAUACAGCCACUAUAAUCUAUGAAUAGACCCCAGUAAAUGUGUGUAUAAAUAUAUACAAAUAAAUGAAUAAUACAGGUGAAUGAGUGUUAAAAUUAAUUGGCAGUACUUUCUGAUGGAUCAAAACUCACCAGAUCUGCUUGGCAUUGACAUAUCAUAUCAUACCUCUCAAUAUUGAUGCCAUGUAGAGUUGGG